AUGGCGGUCUCGCUUCCGCUUCCGGUGCCUGCGGCGGAAGUGUCGUCAUCAGGAAAUAUGGAGGAAAGCAGGAGCGGGCCGCACUGCUUCUCCGGGACCGGAGCCUUGGCUGGCAGGAAGCGGACUAUCAGAACAUGGACCGGCCUUCUGGGACUCCUCAUACUGCUAGCCAGCGCCAGGCCCUCGGGGGCCACCACACACUGGGUGGUGACAGAGGACGGCAAGAUCCAGCAGCAGGUCAGAGAGGAGGGGGGACACAGACACCCAAACUGGACAGGGGGGGGAGAGAGACCCAAACUGGACAGGUAGGGGGUGGGGGGGGAGACAGACCCAAACUUUUACAGGUGACAGACCCAAACUGGAUACGGUGACAGAGAGGAUAUGGGUUGGACAGGGUGACAGAGGGAUAGGGAUGGACAGGGUGUCACAUUCAGACUGGGUAAGGGGACACAUAGAGGACUAGGGAUGGACACGGUGUCACAUUCAGACUAGAGAGGACCAGGGAUGGACAGGGUGUCACAUUCAGACUAGAGAGGACCAGGGAUGGACAGGGUGACACAUUUAGACUAGAGAGGACCAGGGAUGGCAGGGUGACAUUUAGACUAGAGAGGACCAGGGAUGGACAGGGUGACAUUUAGACUAGAGAGGACCAGGGAUGGACAGGGUGACACAUUUAGACUAGAGAGGACCAGGGAUGGACAGGGUGACACAUUUAGACUAGAGAGGACCAGGGAUGGACAGGGUGACACAUGUAGACUAGAGAGGACCUGGGAUAGACAGGGUGACACAUUCAGACUAGAGAGGACCAGGGAUAGACAGGGUGACACAUUCAGACUGGCGAAGGUGACAUAUAGAGGGCCAGAAUGGACAGGGUGACACAUUCAGACUUGAGAGGACCAUGGAUAGACAGGUUGACAUAUCCAGUCUGGAUAGGGUGACUAAGAGGGCCUGGGAUGAACAUGGUGAUAGAUCCGAGAUGAACAGGGUGAUAGAUUCAGACUGGAGAGCAUGACAGAGAUGGCCAGGGAUGUACAUGGUGACAGUUCGAGACUGGACAGGGUCCUGGGCAGAUUGACAGCUAGGACCAGGGCUGGACAGGAUGUCAGAGAGAACUAGGUCAGGACAGAGUUACAGAGAGUACAAGGACAGGAAGACAGAGAGGACCAGUGCUAGACAGGGUGACGGAUAGGACCAUGGCUGGAUAGGGUGACAGAGUGGAGCAGGGCAAGGUGAUAGAGAGGACCAGGUCAGGACAGGGUGAUAGCGAGAACCAGGGCUGGGAAGUUUGGUUUAGGGAACCAGGCCAAUGAGACAGAGCGGACCAAGGGCAGAGUAGAACAGAAUGAAGAAGAGGUGCAGGGAGGCUCUGAGAGAGUAGGAGACAAUGAUGCAGUCAAUGAUAUAGUCAGGUUACAUAGAGAGGGGGCAGAGGGGUAAAGUUAGGAUACAGAUAGAGAGAGGAGGCAAGUAAAUUGGAUCAGGAUAGAUUGAGAGAGAGGAAGAAGGUAGAUGAAGUCAGGGAUGACUGUUUCCUCUGUCUACAUAUUUUGCUGCUCAUUGGAGGUGAUCGGAGGCCAGCAAGCACCUGAUUAAAAUGUAUGAGGGCUAAACUAUUUUGUAUAUAUUCUAAACAGGAUCGAAUGAGAGGAGGCAGAUAGAUGAGGUCAGUGCACAGAGAAAGGAUGAGGUAGAUUAGAUGGUUGAAGUACAGAAAGAGAGAGGCAGGUAUGGAGGGUCGCAGAAAGAAGAUCAAUACAUAUGGUCAAGGAAGGAGGUGUUAAUAUCAGACGGGCUAGUAUACAUCUGAGGUAGGUUACCAUUGACUGCAUGUGGACAGGGUGGUGUUCAUUUGUGGAAGUCACUGUUUUCCCAGCAAUUGGCACCUGUAAGAUUUGUACCACCACAGUUUUGCACCCAUGGCAUGGCUAUGCCAUAACAUUAAUUGGAUUAAAAUGUAUAUCUAAUGUGAUACCUGUUGUUUGAAGACCAGAUCUGCUUUUCCUGCCAUAAGCCCACGAAUGGGGCACCCUGGUGCUUGUUAUAUAUGUAGACUGGCUGCAGCUCUAUAAUAUGUAAGUGGUUCCAAAUUACAUCUGUUUCAAGAUGUUGUGCCACUAAUUUCCCACCUUUUAUAGUAUUUUGAUAUGAUCCAGCGUUCCUCAAAUAAUUAAUUGAGGAGGGAACAUAUUACCUGAUUGAUUAUUUGGCACUUUGUGGUGUUUUGUAUACACCUAUUAGGUUAUAUGUGCACUGCACAUUUUAUUUAUUGCUAGUUCAUUGAGACUUUGGUCAGUCUAGCUGCCAAAUUUCAUUUUUUUUUUUCACCUAAAGCAACACGUUUGGAAAAUCUAUUCAACUGUGGCUGAAAUUCAUUAAAUCACAUUGAUGCAUUUUUAUAGGCAACGCUAAGAAUAGCUUAUAAUCAUUUUCAUUCUCGUAAAGCUCUUAUGAGAGAAAAACCUUUUAACCAUUAACCUGUGGAGUGAGCUGUUAUCACAGACAUGGCUUUAGCAACUCUGUGCUAUUAUGGAUCAUUGUGCUAUCUAGCGUAGGGGUGCCCAAAAGGUAGAAUUCUGACAUUCUUAACACUGCAAAGCAUCAUGGGAAUUUUAGUUCAACAGCAUCUGGGGAUCUAACCUUUGGACUGUCCUCAUUAAAUAUUAAAAUAAUUUUCCAGAACUCUUUAGACUACAUGAAUAGGACGCUCCAUGCGGAUAAAGAUGAUUAAAAACCAUUUUAUUUUCCUUGCUUCCAUUUUAUGUAAUACAUUGGUUCCUUCUGAAAUUAGAUCAGUGCGCUUUUGUAGGAAUUGCUUUAAAAACAAAACCAAGAACUUUGUAGUAGAGAUGAAAAUACCUUUUAAAUUAACACCGCAAGCACCAUAACUGCUACAGCACACUGUUGUGGUUAUAGUGCUUUGAGUGUUCCCAUAAAUACAUUACCAAUUUCCCAGUCAUUUGUCCUCCAGUGAAUUCACCCUAGCUACUGGUUAAGGUCUUUCAUCAGGGGGUUUAUUCACUAAGCAUCAUAUUGUAGUGAGUUGAACUUGAAUACCGAAGUAAAAUAUUACUAAACUGUGACUAUAUGUGAGUUGAAUAAUUUUUUCACGCCAGCUAUUUUUAACUCAAAUGUCUAUAAUUUCGCACUCUUUUGUCCCCGACCACAAGUAUCUAUCUGUGUAUGCGUGUGUUUGCCACUUUAAAGUCUUAUUUUGUGUUUUGUUUUGUUUUUUUAUUAUAAUAUUAUUUUCUAUUUUAUAGUAUUUUCCAAAUGAUCGGUCUCCUUUAUCUCCUUUUUUUUUUUUUCAAUCUUAUUUAAUUUUAAUGCAGCAGCGGGUGUGUUUGAACUCUAUCUAGCUGCUCUGUCUGUACAUCUAGAGGAAGAAAUGCAGUGUCCUCUUUAUACAGUGCUGUUGUAAAGGUGGAAUUUGCAAACCAGUCCUGUUUCACUACCAGCAGUCCCUUUAUUAUUCAGUUAUAAAAUCUGGACUGUUUGUAGCUCUCGGUACAUUUUUAAUGAACCUGCUGUAGGCCAUUAUCUAGAUGUGUAUUUUGUACUGGUGUUUAUCUUGAAGUGUAUUUUGUACUGGUGUUUAUCUUGAGCUAUCAGUUGUUCAAUGAUAAUUACUGUCCUAUUGAACAAUUCUGGGGAUAUGGAGGAUUCGUAUAGAAAUUAUAUGCAUUUUCCAAUCUACUCAGGCACUAACAUGACGCUAUGGACCACCCACUAGAGCCCUUCUUCUUCCUACGUGAACAUGGGUGAGCUAAUAGUGGCUCAUUGUAAUGUAGUGACACACCUGUGCCAGGAAUCACGACCAAUUAGUAGAUCCCACAAGCCAUUUAAACAACGCUUCUGUAAAGGAAUGAUACUUUAGUAAAUACGCCAUUAAAUAGUUUGAGGGUUAUGUUAUUUUUUCUUCAAAUCAAUUCGGCAAUAAAGACAUGUUAAGUGAACCAUUGGCACAUUCGUUUAACUUCUUCUCUUUUGAAUCCCAGAAACAUUGAUUAGUUUGUUCAGAAUAAAUUUUUGAUUUGACUUCUUCACUCCUACCGUUACCUUUUGUGUCACUCUACCCCACUCCCUCUAGCAUGUAAGCUCAUUGGGCAGGGCCCUCAACCCCUCUAUUCCUGUGCGUCAAAUUUGUCUUGUUACAAAUACAUGUUUGUUAGUCCACCCAUUGUAAAGCGCAGCAGAGUUUGAUGGUGCUAUAUAAAAAUAAUUUCAAACCUGCUAAAUUUUCUUUCCUUGUCUUUCGUCUUCUAAUUUGUCUUGUUACAAUAACAUGUUUGUUAGUCCACCCAUUGUAAAGCGCAGCAGAGUUUGAUGGUGCUAUAUAAAAAUAAUUUCAAACCUGCUAAAUUUUCUUUCCUUGUCUUUCGUCUUCUAAAGUUCAUUAACCCCUUAAGGACAACAUUUUUGUAAUAAAAGGGAAUCAUGACAUGUCACACAUGUCAUGUGUCCUUAAGGGGUUAAAGGGACAGUCCACUGUCCAAAAGGCAAAACAAAACACUGUUUUAUAGUUAUUCCCAAAUGAAAACAUGUAUGCAUUUAAGAAUGUUUUUUUAAUUUGGGGUGUGUAUGUAUGUAUGUAUGUAUGUGUGUAUAUAUACAUAACCAUUUGUAAAAGCUGUAGAACUUGUGUCUGUGGCCUUUGCAAGCUCUUCCCUUCUAACCCUUGCCCAGACCUUCUGUGUCUGUCCAAUCACAGAUUUCCGAUGCUACUCUAUGAGAAGUCUUUGCAAGGCAGGUGCCACUGAGCUAAACAACCAGGAAUUAACAGGACCAGUUGUCUAACAGCCAGGGGGUGGUAACCAGGUUAAUUUAUAAAAAUACCAAUUUCUAUUGAAAUCUGCACUUUUUGUAAAAUGAAAGUAAGAGUUUCACUUUUCACACAUAAAGCUGAAGUGCAUUAGGGGUCUGGUGUGUCCCUUUAAACUAUCUAUCCACAAAGUACAGUUGUUAUAAUACCAAGACCUAGUUUCCCUGUAAAGGGGGCAAACAGUUUUUUUACAAAGGGUUUGAACUUUUACCAGGGUCCCUGGUGGCUAGUAACAAUAUGAAUUUGAUCCCGCCGACCAUCCAUUAGCUGAGAGCGUCAGCUGACCGCUCUUGGCUAAUGAAUGCAAUAAUGUGUAUAAAAUAUGCACAGAAUUGACAUUAGUGAGCCCGGAACUCUUCCAAGCUGGCUAAUGACACCCCUAUGGUGCUGCUGGAUAUAGUUUCACUUCUGGAAGCAAAUAGGUUAAACUCUGUAUAUGCAGUGCUUCAAAGCUUAGCACGGCACAUACAGAUUCCAGGCACCAUCAUGACGACUGCAAAUCACUUUUUUUUUUUUUUUUAAUAUGUGAACACAAGUAAUAUCUCAGUAAAGGAGAAGACCAUGUUACAAUACUAAAAUAAACUGUCUAGAGGAAAUAUACCGUAAAUCACACAGAACAGUAUUUUCUGGAUGAGAACUGAUUAAAGGCCUACAAUCCUUAUUUAUUUAUUUUUAAUUUAUUUUUUUGGAGAAUACAAAUUACGUUUUCUAAAAAUGUAUUUGUUUGUUACUGCCACAUAUGCAGACAGAAUAUUUCAGGAAUCCAGAGUCCAGUGCUGUAUCACAUUCACAUCUAUCUGUUAGCUUUUCCUGUUUUUGCUAAAUAAGCAUUUCUUUGUAUUUCUUUGCGAUCUUACUUGUGACAGAUAAUGCAGCGACUGGCUAUCCGAGAGAAGGGCCCGGUCUGAAUAGCGUCUCGCGUGGUGCUAUAAUUCUGAGAGCUCACCUUAGACUAGUCAAUUCUGUCUUUGGCAAGUUGUGUUUGGUUUGUUUUAGUUAUUUUUCUUCUAGCAAUUAGAUUAGACCAUGUCGAAAGAAUAGAGGCAGUUUUAAGACCAAUGUAAUUUUCUAUAGACUUUAUAUACCUUUUUUUUAAAUUUUAUUGCAUUCAUUUCUGGUGAAGUGUUAUUGGUUACCGCCUCUUAUUGCAAGGUGUGGAAAUAUAAUUACAUUUAUAAUAGCUGUCUUUCGUUUUAAAUGUGUGUGUGUGUGUUCAAAUUAUAGGCCAUUAAAGCCAAUCUAAAAACAUGGCUCACUUGAAUAUUUCCAGGUCAUCUAUUUUGGAAAUAAAUUAAAAAUUCAUUUUGAAUAUCUGAUGGUUGAGACAAUGGUGAAUAGCCCACUAAACUGUAUCAAUAAGUAAUCUAAACAUUUAGGACGAAUUUGGGAAACACACCCUAUACACCUUUUAUUAUUUUUUUGCUCUGAAUAGGGCUUUUAUUAUUUAUUCCUUUUUAAAAACAUUUUUUUUUUAUGUUAUAGACAUUGAUGUAUGAACUUGUGAAACUCACUGGUACCAUGCAUGUGAAGUAUUUAAAGUGCCACCCAUCAAAGGACAAGGCUAUAAAUACUUCAUUAAAAAGCAACUAAAUAAAAUAGCACUGAGCAGAUUUAAAACAAAUUUAACAAGAUAAAAUAGACUAGUUUGUUUUGUUGUGCUAAUAUAAAGUUAUGAAAUGUAGCACUACAAAGCCGAAGAAAUAUAUAACAUGGAAAAAUAACAUUCAGGGUAAUGUAAGUAAGUAAGUAAAAAGCUCUGAUUUGUUAGGAUAUCAAUAGAAGAAGGAGGUACCAGGCACUUCAAUAUCUUCAAAUACAGUUAUUGGAACAAGUUAGGCGCUGCGGUGUCUCACUUGUUCCAAUAAACAUAUUUGAAAAUAUUGGAGUGCCUUGGUCCUCUUUCUACUAUUGGUAUCUACUCCUCUGGACUGGUGCUGGCCCUUGGUCCAGUUUUAGCACCCUUUUCUUCACGUGAUUGGAGUGCAGUGUCACAUACCUGUGCAUAGUUGCAUCAUGAAAAAAAACUUUAUUGUUCCAAGUAAAAACAAAUAGGUAUAAUAUGCAUGUUAAUUUCAAACUGGGCAUACCUUGUGCUUCUCAUACGAAGAAGCAUUUAGUCAGUCAGGACUUCCUUAAUACGUUAAAGGAGUCUCAAACUUGAUUGUCCAAUGUCUUGUUAGAAUUAAAACUGUGUUGUGUAUUCUGUGUAUCCCAGGUUGACUCCCCUAUGAAUUUGAAGCACCCUCACGAUUUAGUGAUCUUGAUGCGACAAGAGACCACUGUUGGCUACCUCAGAGAGUUAGAGGUAAAAUCCUGUUGUGUAAUUCUGUCUGUCCAUUCGGAAUCACUUCUAAUUGUCUGGCCAUCCUUCAGCAGAUCAUGCUCUUAGUGAAAACAUUAAUCAUCCGUGUUUGUUUUUUUUGUUUUUUUUUCCUGUGAUUCUCUAAUUGUACAGAAACACUUGGUUGCUCAGAAGAUACACAUUGAGGAGAAUGAAGACCGCGACACAGGCCUUGAGCAGAGACACUACAAAGAUGACCCAGACUGUAUAAAAGCCAAAGUGCCUUUGGGAGACCUGGAUUUAUACGAUGGAACAUACAUAUCAUUGGAAAGCAAGAAUGUCAGGUAUUGUAUUAAUCACUUCCAGGUUCAGUGUUUUUACAGACUAAGUAAAAGUUUUACAUAUUUGUUAUUUACAUUUCUUGUUAUUUCAAAUAUUUUUUUUCUGUUACCAGAUGAUGAUGUACAUAGUUUAUUUUAUUGUAUUUGGUUAUGUUGGAGCUUGGCCCAGAGGACUGUUGGAAACUUGAUGUCACUGAGUUAGCAGCGAGGUUCUGCCAAGUUGCUGAGCCACAAAAAAUUUAACCGAAUACUGAUCGCCAUGGUAACUAAUUCUGAGCCGAUGUAUUUAUUAGAUCGGACACAAUCUUAACUAAUUUAAGUUGGUUUCCACAAUGUUUGCCUCACUUUAAGGUAUUUGUCUCCAACUGUUUAUUACUAUUAUCAAUAAUCUCUAUGGUAAGGAAAUUAGAAUAUUGUAGUUUUUUUUUGUAGAUUACAAAGUAUUGAAUUUGAAAACUCAACACUUCUUUCAGAGCAAGUGAAAUAUAUAUUUAUUGUUCUGUGUUUGUUUUUCAGCCCUGAAGAUUACGUGGACAUGCACAGUCCCUUACCUUCCAACCUGAUGCAGCCAGACUGUACGAAUAUCAUAGAGCUUCCAUUCAGCAUUCAUGCCUUCCAACACCUUCGGGUAGGGCUCGUUUUCCAUGGAUCUUUAGCCUGAUUACUAACUAUGGUGCUAAAAGGAACACUCCAGGCACCCAGACCACUUCUGCCCAUUGGAGUGGUCUGGGUGCCAACUCCCACUACCCUUAACCCUGCAACUGUAAAUAUUGCAGUUUUCAUAAACUGCAAUAUUUACCUUGAAGGGUUAACUCCUCCUCUAGUGGCUGUCUACUAGAAAGAAUAGACAGCCACUAGAGGUCACUUCCGGGUGUAUAGCACAGAUGUUUCUGUGCUAUAGCAUCGCUGGACGUCCUCAUGCUAUGUGAGGACCUCCAGCAUCGCUGAAAUCCCCAUAGGAAAGCAUUGAAAGCGUUUUCAAUGCUUUCUUAUAGGGAGGUUUAAUGUGCGUGCACGGCAUUGCCGCGCAUGCACUUUAGGUCUCCCCCUUCACCGGCCGCGCAUCUGCAAUAGGUCUCCCCCACCGAGGGAGGAGUGUGGGCACACCCUGAACCAGCGCUGAGGGACAUCGGCGCUGGAUACAGGUAAGUCGCUGAAGGGGUUUUAACCCCUUCAGUAACUUGGGAUGGGGGAUGGGAAGGAGAGGGGACCUGCAGUGAAUCCCUUUAAAGGAACGCUAUAGUGUUGGGGAAAACAAACAUGUAUUCAUAACAUUAUAGUGGUGGAUUAAAUAUUUUGGUGUCUGGCCUCCCUCAGAGUGGAGUUAAAAGGUAGUUUACUUAUCUUUUCUACAUCUGUACACAAGUCUCGCCGCAGCUGGCCCCACCUCCAUGUAAGAGCUCAUCAGUCUUGAUGAUCUCAGCGCCAAUCCAAAGCUUUCCCACAGGAAAGCAUUGGAAGGCUAUUACACAUGCGUGGUUAAAAGCCACACUGCGCCAAUCAGCAUCUCCUCAUAGAGUUGUGUUGAAUCAAGAACGUUCUGAAAUAGGAAGCACGGUAAGUUGCCGGCUGAGUGACUGCCACUAGAGGUAUUACUUGACACCAAUGUAAACACUAAGUAAAGCUAGUGAAAGCCUGGAUGGUACAGUAUAUAAUACCUUCCUGGGAGAAACAGGGUAGGGAGAGGAGCCAGAAUAAAUAGGAUGGGGGUGGAUCCGAGCGCCAGACAUGAACCGACGCAUCACCUCUGAGCUCCGAAGAAACGACGGCAAAAGGGCAUUAAAACAAGGCCCUAAGACACCUGCAGAGGCACGUUACUAGCCCCCGGGCCUAUCCCAGUAAGCGAGCUACAGGCUGAUUCUUUUUUUUUUUAUCCGCAAACGGGCAGAAAGACCCGACGAAAAACCGGGGCCUACACCGCCUACCAAGCCACGAGGCUAGAGCAGGAACUCACAGCCCUGAGAACACACCAGGACGCCUACCUGCAGACUGGUACAGCCGUACCUGACGAAUACAGCAUGGGCCAAAAAUCACAGAACACUGGGAGGAUCAUGCAGGACGUAGGAGACCUGCUGCAAAGGCCGAUGGCGGCCUCACCGGACCGCACAACUGCAUCCCAAGAUGGAGAGCAAUCCGGAGCUGAACAGGCACAAUCAGUCGCUCACCCAACGAAGGAGCCGUAAACUAACAGGACUAACCUCACAACGGCCACCAAACAAGACAUAGCCAACCUGUUAAAAGAGAUGAGAGAAAUGCAUGCAGCAGAUAUGGACCUGCUAAAGACCAAAAUGCAGGCAGUAACUGCACGCACUCAAGCCACAGAAGAAGACAUCCUAGACCUGAAACGAGGUAAAGGGGCUAAAAGAGCAAGUAAUACUAAUGCAGACAUCCCAGACCAACCUCGCUAUGAGAAUGGACGUAGCAGAGGACCCCAACAGACGCAUUAACUUAAAAUUAAGGGAGAUAAGGGAUAGCGUUGACUCCACAGAACUACCCCACUACCUCAGGCGCCUCACAGCCACGCUCCUACCGCACGCCCAAGCCAAAAAAUUCACAUUAGACGGCUUCUUUAGGAUCAGAAAAGCAAGACAAGCCACAGCUCCACAAGAUGUCACUCAGUGGCGGAUAAAAUCAAUUUCCUCACAGCUGUUAGGGGAAAGGCACCGCUUGCUUUCGAGUCAUCCCACAUUACCUUCUAUCAGGACUUGACUUAAGAAACACGCUGUUAUGGCGCAGGUCCCUGGCACAAGUGACGAGCAGUCUGCGCGAAGCUAAAAUUGAUUACAAAUGGACUCUCCCAAGGACUCUGACCCCAUCCAACAACGGUACCACAUACAAUCUCUCCUCAUUACAGGAGGCAGAACAGUUCCUGCGCGCACUGGGGAUUCGCACCAGACCCGCAGAACAAGAAACUCCCACGACAUCGCACACCUGGGACCCUGAGAGGACGACCCCAUUUAUCCCAAGGGAACACAGAGAACCGGGGAGAACUGACCUGAACUGUAAAAUUGUAGCCAGCAAGCAUACAAUGCAUUAACCUAUUACUGCGUUCUUUUAUUAUACCUUUGUUUUACUGUUUAUUUUUCAUAUAAUACUGUUACACACGCACCCUACACGGCUAACUCACGCUACACCAUAACAGCUGCGAGACUCACUCUGACACAUAGAAUACCAUAAGCUCCAGGGAGAGUACACCUUCUCCCACCCCCCCCGCAACUCCCUCAGUAAGGAGUCAAAUCCCAACCCACUGGAUGACCGCAGAGGUACCAAUGGGCUCAAUGAGCGACAACCACCUACCCACAAUGAAACUGACACACGCAGACACAGUACCCAAUCGAAGACAUAAAAUUCACUAAGGACAGCCAUUCACGCACGAAAUCAACCCCAAACUCGCAAACCGCUAUCUCUAGACUGACCCUCGGGUUAUUCACCCCCACACUAAUACAAUCCCGUCACUCGAAGGGGAAUGACACACACCUCAAAUUCACUCCAAUGUUGCCUUAGCUUAACACCAGUUGACUCAUAAAUUAAAAAUGUGUAGAACUAACUGACAUCACAAGUUGGAAUUGACAGUCUGAAGUAUGCCUAAACUGUGUUGUGAUGACACGAAAUACCCAAAACCCGGAAGGCUGUUGUGGCCAUACGUGCUGUAUUGUAACUAACCUUGCACGAAAAAAUAAAGAAUUGCAAAAAAAGAAUAAAUAGGAUAUGCAGAUAAAUUGCAAUACAGAGGAGAAGACGACAAAUAAAAUGCAAUGAGCAAAAUCUAAAAAAAAUGAAUAGAUAAACCAAAUCUCCCACUACAACUGGUAAAAUGUAUGAAGUCCCCACCCGAGGCUAAAGAAAUAUGGAUAAAAUAGCAAAGAACUCUGCUAUUGAAGCAACCAGGAAAAGGAUAGGUGGUGUAAUCGAAUACUGACAGUUUAGAAAGAAAAAAAGGGGAAUGUCCACUAAAUGUCUGUAUGUUCAAAGUGCAAUAGUGUUUUAACAAAUCAUAAAAAUUACUGAAUAGUAAGAAAAAAGGAUUGGCAGUAGUUAGCCACAGUAUUAAAAUGUCCAAAGAUCUCUACUCUGUGAGAGAGUCAAUUAAUUACUGUCUCUGUGUUAGAACAAUGUAUCCGCCUGAUAACAUUUUAGCGAAGUUAUCCCUACUGUGGUGAAAACUCUGGGGACUUCCUAAAUAAGCUUAAUUAUUAUAUUAUUAGGCUACAGUCCAAUAUGUACCAUAAGCACUAAUACAGCUUGACAGGUCUUUAUGUUUUGAGAUGUUUGUAUAUUCCAGAUAAUGAUUUUAGUGUCAGGAUCCCACGGUGGGUUAUAUCUAAAAUAAGAAUAGCAGAGACAUGGUGCUCUCUGUAAAAACUUGUUUAAAGUAAAGAAGCUAAAACACACUUUCAUAAGAUACAGGUAUGGUUAGCACAUUGCCUAGUGGAAAAUCAGUAUCAGUCUGUAGGUCCCUUAGUUGCUCUUUCCUUUUUGCCGGCUCUGGGUGAGAGUGGGGGAUCUGAAUACUUUUGCCUUUGUCAGUGAAGUGUGAGGUAUAGCUGCCAUACGCACGUUUUGUAAUUGCUUGUAUCACUUCAUCUAUAUAGCAAAAUCACUGAAGUGGUCAUGGUGCUUGCAGUAACCCUUUAAAUUGAAUAAUACAGAGAGAAGAGUAGCAAUGCAGAAAUCACAAUUAAGCAGAGAAAUAAGAAAGAGAAUUGAAUAAUACAGAGCGAAGAAAUGGCAAAUGCAACUGAACUGCACUAAUUAUGCUUUCCCUACACUGCAAAAUGCUAAAAUAUCUGAUUGAGAGAGAGACAAGUAUAGCUUAAACAAAUAGCUGGUCAAACUAGUGUUCUACAAAUUGAUAAUGGACUAACCCAAAAAUUCUAUUAGGAUCAGCAAAAACUAUAGUCCCGAUGAUCAUUUCGCUCAUCAAGGAUUAGGGCUCUUGUUUUUGCUGGUCCUAAUAUAAUUUUUCCAUUAGGUGUUCCAACACGUAUUUUUGUAACCAAUGCUUUUCUUAUACGCUAGUUCUAAUUUAUUUAUUUAUUUAUUUAUUUUUUUGUGGCCAUAUACAUUCACCACGUGGACCUGGGCAUUAGAUAUAAAGAAUGGCAUCUAAAUGGCUAUUUGAAGCAUUUAUCCCAUCCAGGCAGUAGAUUUACAAACCUCUAAAUUAGAGUACUCCUCUAAAGACACUAAACUGGAAAUUGUAGGAGCCAAGCUGUUAAAAUGCAGACAUUCCGCUGUCAGAAUUUCGCUUUUGGUGGUCAGCUAUGCCUGUCAAAAGUCUAUAUCUAAGCUCCCAAUGUUGUUUCGGUAACAUUUGACUUUCAUUUGAAAUUUUGACCUUGAUAUUAAAAAAUUCCUACCAGAUCUCCAACCCAAUUGCAUUUUAAAAGGCUGCUCAAAAUCAGCAGACAUUUUUUCCUAAUAUCUCUUCUAUUGAGCAAUAUUUUGCUUGUUUGUCUCUAGGGCAUCCAGGAGAGGUUGAACCUCUCAGCUCCUCUGUUGCCAAAAGAGGAUCCUAUCUUCAAUUCGCUGCCCCGGCAGUUAGGAAGGACUGUUGAAGAGAUCGGUCAUAGAAUAUUAGAUGCCCUCCUCAAGGUACCGUAAAUUGCAUGAUAUGUUUUUAAUUUGUCUCGGAAACUCAGGAAAAUUUUAACUUCUGUAGCCAAAAAUCAGUUUCUAGCAUUCUUUAAACUCCUGUUAUGCCAAGAGAUUGUAGGACAAAACCGUUUUUUUAGUUUUAUGUACAGGUUUCCGGUGUACAGCAACAGAGAUUGUUCUGUUUAAGCCCUAUAUAACUCCAUAGAAGGUUAGGUUUACCCAACUUACAAAGCUGGCUAAUAUUUGUUUAUUUUUGUUUGUGAUCGCUCUCUUUAUCAGAGUUGGCACUCCUCAGGUGGGAGUAGGGAACUUCUAUGUAAACUUUUCAUGUCGUCAAGGGUCUUCGCCACUAUUUAAAAACAUUUUAUGAAUCACAGAAUCUCUUGUUUUUUUUAGUAUUUAUUUAUAGAAUUUUAUAUUUUGUACAUUUUUAUCUCUAUAAGCAAAUGCUAAUUGUACAGUGACUUAUCAUAGUACAGUAUUUAUUUUUAUAAAUUUUGUGUUGGUUGAUUCAAGGUGGGCCUUGAUUUAAUAUUUUUUAAUAUGUUUGUAAAAUUAAUUAUUAAAAAUCAAAUAAUUUUUUUUAAUUAAAAAUAAAAUCAUAUAUAAAAGAAAAUAUCAAACGUUUACAAAAUGUAAACACAUUUUUUUUUAUGUAUGAGUUUAUUUUUAAUAUAUUUAUAUUUUUGCAAAAAAAAUUUUUAAAACCAUUAUCAAAAAUUAUGAAACCAGGGCCAUGCUUGAAUAAUUUCAGUUUUACUCUGUUGUUGCAGAAUAACACUUCCUGGGUCCUCUAUAACAUGGCAUCUUUCUACUGGAGGAUAAAAAAUGAGCCGUAUCAUGUGGUGGAAUGUGCGAUGAGAGCACUGCACUUCUCUUCCAGGUAAGAAAAUCUUCCAUUUAGUAGAUGUGAAUCUCUAAAGAUGAACAGUCAUCUAUGAAGUUAUAUCAAAAUCCAGUAGGUAGUUAAACAUAUUGGACUAUGGACUGUACUAUGUAAAUUUAAUUUAUCGAGAAAUACAAUAUAUCAUAUAUGAAGCUAUCAGUCAAAGUAAAUAACUUUAAUCCCAUUAUGUCAUGUGUGGUCCUAUGCGAAUACAUAGACAAAUAAGGCUUUAUGGAAACCUUUUCCUGUGCCCAUACAGCUAAUCAGACGUUCUUGCAGUUUUUCUUGGAAGGAUGAUGGCACAGUGCUCGUAAUUCAUGAAUUCAAAGUGAAAUUCAAAUUUUAUGCCAAAAUGGGCAGAUUGGGAAUAAAACAUUGUCAGGUCUGCUCUUUUUGCAGUUUGCCUGUUUUUUCUCUAAAAUUUGAUAUUCACUUUGAAUUUUCAACAAUUAAUGCUUAAAUGGACAAUAUAGUCACCAGAACAACUACAGCUUGUCCCUGCAGGCUUUUUAAUGUAAACACCAUCUUUUCAGAGAAACUGCAGUUUUUACAUUACUGCCAAGUAACACAUCUAAUGGCAGUCACUUAGAAGGCCACUAGAGAUGCUUCCUGGGUCAGUGCUGCACAGUGAGAAUAUGUUGAUUGGCGCAGCAUUUUGCUGUCUAUGCGCAAUAGCCUCCCAUUGCUUUCCUAUGUGAUUGGUUUAGAUUAUCAACUUUGAUGAUCCCAGCGGGGGCGGCACUGAAAAAAGGUGAAUAAAUCACCUUUUUAACAGGGCACAAGGGCAGUGAUCACCUAAACUGCUAUUUAGACUUAUAGUGUCAGGGAUACAUGUUUGUAUUCCUGACCGUAUAGUGUUCCUUUAAAGGGACAUUCCGUACCCCUAAAGCACUUUAGCAUACUAAUAUGCUUUAUUUGUGAAGAGUGUUGUAACGGACCGUUUCUCUCACAAGAGGAUAAAAACCGUUUAGGCGAUAAUCCUCUUUCCCGUAGACCAGCAGCUACUGCAAGCACCAAACUCCCGAACUGCAAACUGUACGAAUUCACCAACUCCCGAACUGGAAACACACGAACACUGGAAUCAGCCGUACAGGAAAAGCAUACAAUCCGCUUACACUCCAAUUCCCCCCAAAAACGAGACGACACAUCGGUUUGAGGGUCAAGCAGAAUCUCCCUGUACUGUCACAUACAGUCUCUUUUAUUCCCAAUCCACAAACAUAGUACAGCCCACAGGGCGUUACAAAACAACCAAUCAAUCCGUACAAUACACCCAGACACUCCCACACAAAAUCCUCCCCUCUGCAGUGAUAUGAUUACUGAACACAAUGGGUAAUCUCAUUAUCACCGGCAGAGGAAUACAGUUUUACACAAUAUUUAUAACUUCUAAAAUAUACAUGUCACAAACAUAAAACAUACAUUUUCAUAAUCAAUCCAUUCAGGGGAACAACAUAUUAAAAAAUGGCACGAAUCAGACCAGGGGUUCAAAAGUUAAGGGAAAGUCCUUUGUGACUAAAUGAAGCAUGGCUUUCUGGCCCAAACCAGUUUCAGAGUCUUCUAUCCUGGAGAGUAAUUCAAUUAUCUCCCAGGACAGACACAAGACUCCAUUAAGCACAUGGUUGCAAAAAGACACAAAACACUUUAAAAUACAUAAAGUCACAUUUACACAUAACACACAGACAUUUCACAUAUCCCCAGAUAGCUGGGAUCUGAGUGCACAUUAUUAGAUGAAUGGCACUCAGAUCACACAAAUAAGCCUUUCUGCAGGGGAAAUAAACGGUUUAACCUGCAGGGCCAUAGUCCAAAGGGAGCAGGCGAGCAACCAGGCUUCUCCAGUUCACAGUGGUGAGGUUGGUUUCGCCACAAGUGUGUCCUUUUAUUUCAUGUUACAAACAGUGUAGAUUUAAAUAGAAAUCACUUUUAUAAACAAACCUUAUUACCCCCUCCCCUGUCUUUCAUUCAGACAUGUCCUUUUACCUCCUGAUUUUUUAGCUCAGUGGAGCUAAACUCAAGAGGCAGCAAUGGAAAUAUUGUGAAUUUACAGACACAGAAAGUCUGGGAUGGGGAAAAGGGGGAAUACUUGCAAAGGCUGCAGACAAGAGGUCCAAUGAUUUUGCAAGCUGUUUUUAUUUUAUACCCAAUGAAAAAAAUGUCUAAGUGCAUGCAUGUUUUUAUUGUGGGUAUAUCUACUACACAAUAUCUUUUUUUUAUUUUAUUUUUUUAUUGAGGCAGUGGAGUGUCCCUUUAAAGGAAUGUUCCAUUGUACUGAUUAAGAAAAGAUCUCAUUGGCUUAACCGUUUCUUUAAAGAUUCAUAACCAGUUAAAUGAACACGAAGUGUCUGGGCAACACCUGUGCGCUAGACAUUUAUGUGCCUUCCUCUCACUGCACGUUGGUCACACUGUUGUUUUUUUUUAUCCCUUGCAGACAGAACAAGGAUAUUGCUCUGGUGAAUAUGGCAAAUGUUUUACACCGAGCCCAUUUCUCAGCCGAUGCUGCUAUUCUGGUCCACGCCGCAUUAGACGUGUCCACUGACAUUCUGACCAGUCACUACACGUUGGGAAACAUAUAUGCAGUGAGUAGCACGGCCAUUAUUGGUGGGCAUUGGAUUAAUGUUUUAAUUCUGUAAUGAGGCACCUAUUGCUGCUCAUCCACUGACAUUUAAAAACUGAUUUAUUUUUUUUUUUCUUUGCUGAAUAAGCACUUGUAACUAUUAGUGAGCUCUGUCUUUUUAGACAUUAGCAAUGUUAGUGUUUUUUUUUUUAUUUUAUAUAUAUAUAUAUAUAUAUAUAUAUAUAUAUAUAUAUAUUUAUAUUUCAGGGGAAAAUUUCUACUAGCCCCUGGUGAGUGCAGUGGCCAAUGACUUUUCUGACCUUGCUAUUAGCAUAGGACUUGACAUUUUGAGCUUUAUGUAUGUUUAUGUAGAGCCCUAUAUGUAAUGAAAAUAAAAACCCCAAUUGCUGUUAAAAAUGUUAGAUCACAGAUGUCCUCAAAAGCCUUCCCAUGAAGUUAAUCUAUUGGUGAAUAAUGAAAUAUGAAGCACUUUGGUAGUCCGUUCUUGUGUUGUGAUUUAGAAGUGCAUUUACCUUGCUUUAGAGAUGGGGAUUCCCUCUUUCAGGGUCUGCAAUGCAGUAUGUAUGUUAUGCCAUGGCCCUUAUUGGUGUUGUUUGGAGUGUGCCUUAAUUCAUGUCUGUCCUAGAUGCUGGGAGAAUACAAUCACUCUGUGUUGUGCUACGAUCGAGCUCUGCAAGCAAAACACGGCUUUGAUCAGGCAAUCAAAAGAAAGCAUGCUGUACUGUGCCAGCAGAGACUGGAGCAAAAACUAGAGGCGCAGCACAGGUGAGCACAGGGACUGGGUGAAGUGAGAUUAAGCUGCGGAACACAAAUUGGGGGAAGAUUUAUCAUAGCGUCACAGACCAUUUUGUGCCUUUUUAGGGGAUUUUGGAGCAAUUUAUUAAAUCUAUAGUUUUUUUUUUUUUUUUUUGUCUACUUUUAUCAUCGGAACCUUAAUUCUUGAACAUAAGUCUUUUUUUUUUUUUUUCUUCAAGGGACACAACUGAUUCAUCAAAAUUUCAGCAAGAAAAGCGCUCUGUCUCGUACUUUUUAAUCUGUUACUCUAAAUUUGGCUUUAUUUCCUAAAAUUAUAGUAAAAAAAAUGGUGGAAUUCUGGCAAAGAAAGUCCAACAGUUUAUAGAACAAUUUAAAGGGAUACUGUAGUGCCAGAAAUACAAAGAUGUAUUCCUGGCACUAUCACUCCCCCUGCCUCCAACCCCUUCCUCGCGCCUCCCCUUCCCCAGUAAAUAAAGGGUUUAAAACCCUUUAUUUACUUACCUUUUCCCAGCGCCAAUGACCCUUCGCGGUGGGUCCUGGCUCCGUCCCCUCUGAUAGCCUGCGACCAGCGGGCUCUAACGCGCAUGCGUGGCAAAUGCUGCAUUUGCAUUAGACCUCCCUGUAGAAAAGCAUUAAAUCAGUGCUUUCCUAUUGGGAAAAUGUGAAUAUGGGAAAAUGGAGGUCCUCAUGCAAAGCGUGAGGACGUCCAGUAUCAGAUACCGGACCAAAGGUCCAUUUCAAUUCAGGAAGCUCUCUAGUGACUGUCUGGUAAACAGCCACUGAGGGCAGACUUGGAGCUGCAAUGUAACAUUGUAGCAUUAAGUGCAAAAUGGACAGUGCACCCAGACCACUUCAGCUAGCUGAAGUGGUCUGCGUGCCUGCAGUGUCCUUUUAAUAAUAUGAGCAUAUUGGUGACCAAAAAUAAAAUGUCCAUUAAUAAAUUCCUCCCAUUGACAGAGGUGCUUUUAUCUGUUAUGUUUUAUAUUUUGUAAUACCUAAUUGCUUUCUAAUAAACAUGUGGGGGCUGUUCUAAUAUCAUUUACACCACAACUUAAAAAAAAAAAUAAUAAUCCUUGUGCCCUUUCUUCAUAGCAAAUCUCUGUAUCACAUAAGUUUUCAGAACCCUUUAGCUCAUGACUUUGUCACUUAGACAACUUUCUGCAUUAGAAGCUUAAGAACUUAUCCUUAUAUAGACAUAAUUUUUCUACUGUGUUUAUUUGUAGAUAGUCUAACAUUAAUUUCCAGUGUGAUCCUUAGACAUUGCCCAAGAAGUCCUGCAUGUUCCUACUUCUCCCCAAGCAUCCUCUCUGAUCUCUACCAAAAGUCUUUUUUCAUCCAGGACAGACCAGAGACAAUGCUAAUUGGGGUAUUUGUCUCUUGUGUACAUCUUUUAAGAUCACUCCAGAGGACUCUAAAUGAACUGAAAGAAUACCAGAAGCAACAUGACCAUUACCUGCGGCAGCAGGAGAUCCUGGAGAAACACAAGCUGAUCCAGGAAGAACAGAUUCUGCGCAACAUCAUUCACGAGACUCAAAUGGCCAAAGAGGCCCAGCUGGGUAAUUUUUUUUAUUCUCAAAGUAUUUGUCUUCAGUAACUGCAUCUUCACUGUAUAAACCUGCAUAUCGAUAAAUAUCUCCAUUGAACAAGGGCAGGACAAUGAGAUAUGACUUUAAAGGAAAAGACAAGGCAACUGUGAAAAUAUAUAGAUCAAAUGCAAUUUUACUAUAGGCUUUUUGCUUAAUUAUUGUACCAUGCUAUUGUUAAAGAAUAGGGAUAGGCAACCUUCAGCACUCCAGAUGUUGUGGACUACAUCCCCCAUAAUGCUCUAACACACAUAAUGCCUGUUUUGAAGUAUAAACAAGUAUGGCAUUGAUGUGUAUGUGCCUCUCGGUAUUCCCACAAUAUUGAGCUUAGAAUAGUUUAUCUUAACUCUGUGACAGAUUGCUAGCAAAUGUAUAGACAAAUGGUUUUUACUUUAGAAUGGUAGCUUGUACUGCUGGGCCAUUAGUGUAAACACAAAAACAAAGAACCAAUAUUUAAUAUAGAGGUAUUCGGGGCUGUUUGUCCCCUGAAGAAUAACAAUGCUGUAAAAUAUAAAUAUCAAAAUAUUUUACGCAAUGUGUUAUGUGGCCACUAGGGGGUCUUUAUGAUUAUAAGCCCGUACUUGCGCUGGAAAUAUAUUAGUGAUAGAGAAACCAUUGAGGUUGAAUUUAAUUGAAAAUUAUCUCUGCUUUGUAUCUUGGCAUUUAAAUAGUAACUAGUUAUUUGCUUCCUUUUCCAGUGAACAUGCCAGACAGAUUCAUUCUAACAGUUAAAGGACCACUAUAGUGCCAGGAAAACAUACUUGUUUUCCUGGCACUAUAGUACCCUGAGGGUGCCCCCGCCCGGCUCUGGAAAGGGAAAGGGGGUUAAAACUUACCUUUUUCCAGCGCUGGGCGGGGAGCUCUCUACCUCCGAUCCUCCUCCUGGGCUGAAUGUGCACGCGUGGCAAGAGCUGCGCGCGCAUUCAGCCCGUCGCAUAGGAAAGCAUUUACAAUGCUUUCCUAUGGACGUUUGCGUGUUCUCACUGUGAUUUUCACAGUGAGAAUCACGCAAGUGCCUCUAGUGGCUGUCAAUGAGACAGCCACUAGAGGAUUUUUUAAUUGUUUCUCCUCUAUGCCCUACAUGCCAGGUAAUGUCUGUAGCAAUAAAUGUGUCCUAAAGAUAAAUUAUGCAUUUUGAAUAAUGUUGGGAUCUGUUAUGUUUUUAUUGUUCUCCUCUGCCACAUGCCAGGUAUAGUUUUGUGUUCCAUUAAAAUCAAGCAUUUUUUUUCAUAUUGGGUAUUCUGAAUAUGUUUGAAUUCCAGAUAGAAAUCUACAGACUUUAUGGAAUAAAAUUCUCAGAAAAUGUGAACUCCUGAUCAGCAUGGGUCAAUUUACCAUACUAUAAUUUCCUCCGAAGGCACGUAGGCUGGACAAAUGAAUUGUGUAUCAAUACUACAUGCUGCUAACAGCUUUUUUACAACAUUAACAAGACAUGUGCCCUUGUACAGACCAAUAUCUUAUUUGUUUUCUAUCAGGAUUAGUCAAGAAUGGCUGAAAUUUUAGAAUCUCAUCUCUUGCAUUUGUUUUGUAAUUUAUUGGCGAGUGCCAAAACCUUGCAGGAUAUUUUUUUCCAACAUGACCUCUUCUUACAUUGUCAGGAAACCAUCAGAUCUGUCGCAUCAGUAACCAGAAGCACAGCUUGCACUGUCCCUGGGACCUCCCUGUGCGCUACCACAGGGGUGACAUCUUUGAGAAUGUGGAGCAAGUUUUGGUAAUGUUUCCAUUGCGUUUUAUAUUUGUGUGUUUUAAUCCAGGAAAUUAAAGCAAUGAUGGAACCUCAUUUUUUUUAUUUUAUUUAUAAUUCUUCAUUUUGUAUUGACAGAGGAAAUCACAUAUCACAGUUGUACGGCUUAUGCAAAAGCCUAUGCAUGGUUUGAGAAUAAAAACGUGCAUUAUGAUCAAAUAUUGCAUGUGGAUCUUAUUUCGUAUCAUGAAUAACAUUUGUACUUAAUCCCCAUCUGUCAGUGGAUUUAUAGGUAUUACAAUUAGAAGUAACAUAAGAGAAGGAAUAAUAACCAAAAACAUAGUUAAUGUAGUUUAACAGUAUGCGUAAAUUGACAUCUCGUGGAACCUCAUUUUAAAGUGGAAAUGUCACUUAUAUGGAUGUGACAGAUUCUCAUUCCUUCACCCCAGUAAAUGGUAUUGAAGCAUAAGAAAAAUAUUACUUGCCUCCACUGCACUUACUGUUCACAGUGACUGUGAUUUAACUCUUAAGUGGCAGAGAAUUAAGCCGUAAGACUGCAGCGUUAUUUUCAGCACACACAAACUGUUUCAUUAAGCUAAAGUUGUUUUAAUGACUAAAGUACCACUUAGGAUACACUGUAAAAAUGUCUGACAUUGUUUAUUGUGCCAUAUGCACAGGGCAUGCUGCCACUGGCCGUCUGCCACCAGCAGGCCUGAUUUGCACAGAUCCACAUGAGCCACCCAGAACUUGUGUUCCGGGUUCGCUAAUGAUACAGCAUAUGGUGGAGUUACACCUCUGACCGCAAACGGAUCAAAUUCUGUAUGUCCAGUGUUCCAUAGAGAAACACCGCACUUACAGAUUCCAGCCACCAUAACCACUUCACAGCACUGAAGUGGUCAAGGUGCUUGGAGUAACCCUUUAAGUAUAACAAGUUGUAAACAAUUGGAAAACAACUUGCUCACCUUUUAGGAUGCAUAAUGUCUUAAUUAAAUUUAUUUUAUUUAUUUUUCAUUAAAACCUAUAUUUCUUGAAAGGCACAGUUUUCAAAUAUGUUCUGAGCAGAUCAUAAGUGGGUGCCUGUUCCAAAGCAGCGGUCAUAUAUAUAUUAUUUUAAAGCAUUAAUAAAAAAUAUUUGAAAUAAAAUAUGCUGUAAUGUACAUUUUUAGUUAUCUUUAAAGGGACACUAUAAUCACCAAAACUACUUUAGCUUAUUGAAGCAGUUUUGGUGUAUAGAUGAUGCCCCUGCAGUCUCACUGCUCAAUCCUCUGCCAUUUAGGAGUUAAAUCACUUUGUUUAUGAACCCUAGUCACACCUCCCUGAAUUUAACUUGCACAACCUUCAUAAACACUUCCUGUAAAGAGUCAUCUAAUGUUUAUACUUAAUUUAUUGUAAAUUCUGUUUAAUUUAGCAUGUAUUAUCUCCUGCUCUCUUAAUAGCUUGCUAGACUUUGCUGGAGCCUCAUAUAAGUAACUAAAUUUCGAUUUACAGAACAGGAGAUAAAACAUUUUUUUAAAGUAAGUUACAUCUGAUUGAAAAUGAAACCACUUUUUUCAUGCAGGCUGCGUCACAGCCAGGAGAGGUGUGGCUAAGGCUGCAUCAACAGAAACAAGUGAUUUAACUUCUAAAUGUCAGCGUAUUGAGCAGUGAGACUUCAGGGGCAUAAUAUAUACACAAAUAUGGCUUCAUUACGCUAAAGUUGAUUUGGUGACUAUACUGUCCCUUUAAAUAAAUUAACAUUUUUUUUUUUAAUUAUUUUUUUUUUUUUUAUAAAAGUAGUAAUUUUUUGACUUUUGAAGCAAAUUUGAGAUUCUUGCCUUGAGAGUUUGCUCUAAGUUUCCCUGUCUUACUUUAAGUUUGGAGAAGACACCUCAUCUGCCUACAUGAUGUCUGAAAACCUGGAACUUCAGACAAAUCAAAGCAUCCUCCAGCGACGCCCACCUGUGCCACGUUCCCCAAUCAAGGUGUGGGACAAGGACCCGAGCAUGCUUAUUGUAAGUAAACUUCUACUUAUAAAGUUUAUCAAUAGCAUGUAAGAUAGGCCCAGGCAAACUACAACCCUAGGCCUGCAUAACUUAUCCGAUUCAACCAUAGGAUGGCAUUAUUUGUGGACAAUGAACUUGUGGACAACCAGGCAAUUAAAGAAAUGCACUAAGCAUCUACCGCAGUACUUUGGCGAUUCCUGGUAACAUAACCACUGCAGGCACCAUGUGACUGUUAACAAACCAUUUCAGAGCAGUUUGACACUUCUCUCUAUGGGGUAUCUGUGCUGUGUCUGUUUCGAAAUGGUAUGGUGAACCAAAGGUUCAUGUUUAGCAUUAUAUCAAUAAGGCCUCGAUUUUAAAAAUUUUGGAUAAGCUUAAUACAUAAACUUUUGAAAUUACUUUAGAUUUUAAAAAAUAAUUCAUUUGCUUAAUCAAAUAUAUAUAUAUAUUGGAAUAUUAUGUGAUGCCUGAGAAUGUCCGUAAAACUUCCACGUUACCAUACUACCUUACCACAUAAGGGCCAUGGUUGCCCAACAGAGAUCAGUAAAUGUCAAACCAUUAUUAAAUGGUUUGAUAGUUUAAAGUCAUGCCAUGCCUGGGUACUCCCUGUUAGUGGUUGUAGUGGCAUGCUUUAGUUUUUAUGGUGUUUAGAGUUUCCCUUUAAAGAAUCUAAAAAUGAGGUGUGUAAACACUGGCUAUAAAUUAAUUAUUGUGAUUAUUCCCCUGAUCUCUGCAGUAGAUACCUGUGAUAUUAUAUAAUGUUAUGUAUCUUAAUAGCAAGAACCAAAUCAGCUGUGGCCUGAGAAAACCGAUUGUGCCAAGACAUUCCCAACAGUCCCAUCUCCAGAAGAUCUUCCAACCUAUCACCUACCUCUUGGACAGGGAACCCUGAGGUGAGAGCUUGUGUGCUGGUUAUAUUAUAGAAGGGUCACUCCUUGGAGGCAAAUACAAACUCCUCCACUGAAAGAAUGGAUAUGUAUAAGAUAAGGCCAGGGACUAAUGAAAGUAUUUAGAAAAUUGGGCAGACUAGAUGGGCCAAAUGGUUCUUCUCUGCCGUCACAUUCUAUGUUUCUAUAGUUGAUGAUAUCUGUACCUCAGAAAAGAUAAUAUUUUUGAAUAAAGGGAGGAGUGUUGAACAUAAUGAUAGAUGGGCAGCAUGGCAUAGAUAUGAAGAGAGCUUACAAACGGCUUCUGCAGAAUAACACAUCAGGGAGCUUUUAAAAUAAUCAUAAUCGAAUAGAGAAAAAAAAGAAAAAAUGGGUAGGAAAUGGAGGAGAGAGAGUGAAAAAGAAAGAAGUGAAAGAGGAAGAAAAAAAGAAAAAAGGGGUGUCGAAGGCCUAAAUAAUAGACCAUAAAAAUAGUUCAACAACAAAAAUAAUAUAAUAGAUAAAAAAGAAAAAAAAUGAAAUGGUCAAUAGACUCAAGACUUAUAGGAAAGGAGAUAACAAGGUGGAACGGGAAUAAAGGGGAGGGAUAGGGAAGAUGGGAUUAGUCUGUGAUUUUAAAUGUUUAUAUUUAGUUAUAUACUACAUAAUGGAACGAUGUAUAUGGAAUUACAUUGAUGUUAUCUGUUAUGUCAUCUAAUACUAAUGAAAAUAUAUUAAAUAAAAAAAAUAAGGUCCCUCCAUGCCGGAGUUUGACCCACCCUUUUUAAUGCAUUAAAAUUAUAAGAAAAAGUAAAAAAACAAACAAACAAUGAGACAUUCACAUUUAACAUUGCUAUAUUUAAACCUCAAUCCUCUGGUUUUGUAGCUUCAGUAAGGUGUUUACACCAAACCAGUGAUUGGCCAGCGCUCUGGUUCCCACUGUUUAAUGACAAUUAUCAGGAUAAUACUGCUGUAUAUGAUGACAGUGUGUACCGCUGUAUUACUGGAACAUAAAGGGUACCACUGCAGAAUGAGGGGUGGGACAGACAUGGUUCAGAUUGUUAAGCAAAGCUGUGGUAAAAAAAAAAAAAAAGACCUACCAUUUUUUUUUUUUAAUAUAUAUAUAUAUAUAUAUAUAUAUGUUAUUGUAACGUGCAAUACACAUAACACCGUUAGGUGAAAUGUGUAUUGCACGUUACAAUAACAUAUAUAUAUAUAUAUAUAUAUAUAAAAAAAAAAAUGGUAGGUCUUUUUUUUUUUUUUUACCACAGCUUUGCUUAACAAUCUGAACCAUGUCUGUCCCACCCCUCAUUCUGCAGUGGUACCCUUUAUGUUCCAGUAAUACAGCGGUAUUACUGGGGUAGCGUUAACCACCGGAUUGCUGCCAUUCUUCUGUUCUGCAGACUCCAGCAUUGACUCCGAAUGGAACUUCCAUUGGACAGUUGCAUUCCACAUUUUGUCAAGACUUAGUUAAAGAUAACAUUUUAUAUCAAGAUGCAGCGAUACAACUCAUGGUGAAAGGUUCACAAAGUUUUUCUCUUCUCUCUGCAACCCUCUAUGCACAAAAUCAGAUCCUUUCAAAUUCCUUUUGCAGUGUAAACGUCCACACAACUUGUGAGCUCUGUUAUAUUACAUCCUUAUAGGUUCUGUGUCAAAUGUUUCAGUCAACCAUAUUAAAGGGACACUAUAGUUCCCAGAACAACUACAGCUUAGUAUACUGAGUAUUGUCAGUGUCUGCAGGCUUUUUAUGGUAAAUACUGUCUUUUCAGAGAAAAGCCAGUAUUUACAUUACAGCCUAGGGACACCUCCAGUGGCCAUUCCUCAGAUGGCUACUAGAGAAGCUUCCUGGGUCAGUGCUUCACAGACUGACAUUCAGUUUCUCCACCCUCUGCAUGGAGACUCUGAACUUUCCUCAUAGAGCUGAAUUGAUUCAAUGCUGAUUGGCCAGGGUUGUGUUUGGCUUGUGCUGGCUCUGUCCCCGAUCUGCUUCCGUAACAAUUUGAGCUGUUGUCUGAUCGGCUCAGACCAUCACUUCUGAUGAUGUCAGACAAGGAGGCAGAUCGGGGCAGAGCCAGCAGCAGUAGACCGGAAUAAAUGUAAGAUUUUACUUUAUUUAAUGACUGGGGGGGCUAGAUAGUAAUUUAACAAGAUAUAGGGGCAGAAAUUGAUGUUUGUGUUCCUUUAAUGACCAUCUGUAGCAUUACUGUAACUUUAUACCUUUAUUGGAAAAAUGGAACUCUCUCUCAUAGGAACAGAAUAUUUUACUUUAUUUUAGUAAAUAAAUCCAAUAAUUACUAAUGAUUUAAAACAGAUCUGUCUAUAAAAUUCUUGACAUUCUCCAAAGCUAUCAUUGUGUUGAACAUUUUAUGACAAUUUUUUUGUCGUCUUUCCUUUCCCUUCAUAGUCUCAGUCCUGUCCUAUCGAAGCAGAUAGACACUGGCAGUGACAUGCAGAAGCCAGAUUGUUUGACUGUCACAGACGUGCGAAAAACCGAGACCAUGCACAAGCUUCUGGUAGAACUGGAGACCCGACUAGAGCUUCAACAGCUGAAGCCGGAUAGACACUCGAAGCAGGUACAAUCCACGCAUUCCGGUUUCUGACUAUGGAGGCCUCUUUUUAUGGUGUACGAAUCAAAACGCUAUUUGUUUUUUUUUCCAUUUAUUUUGUUUCCAUUAUUUAAAUGGCAUUUCUCACAGGAACACUCCUGAAACUUCUUGAAGUGCUUUGUGUCUGGAGUCUGUGAUAUAUGGAACUGUAUAGAAAAGUUCCGAUUUUCUUUUGUGUGUGAUACAUAUUACAGAGUUAUAACAGACAUUACUACAGAGUUGCAUUGACAUUACUUAUUCUAUCAUCCAUACAUAGUGUUAGCCAAAUGGCUUAUAUAUGUACAGUAGAUUUAAUUUUUUUUUUUUUUGAGACAACCUGAUAUUUCUAAUAACGCCUGUGUGAAAGUGUGUCUGACCCAAAUAUGUUUUCAUACAGCAAGAUUGCAACGCACACUGUAUUUUUGUGCAAGUUCUUAGAUAUCUGUAUGACGCAGAAGGGCAGACACAAAUCAGAGAUUAUGCAUUACUCAGUGCUUUUAUCAUAUCGAAAUUAAAGGAACACUAUAGGGUCAGGAAUACAAACAUGUAUUCCUAACCCUAUAGUAUUAAAACCACCAUCUAGCCCACCUGGGCCCCUCAUGCCUCCAUAAAUAUAGUAAAAAUCUUACUGUAUUCAAGCCAGAAGCUGUAACUCUGCAUGCUGUUUGCCUAAAAAACAAAACAGUCUGCUGACAUAAUCAGAAGUGGUAGCCUGAUCCAAUCACAAUACUUCCCCAUAGGAUUGGCUGAGACUGACAAAGAGGCAGCUCAGGGGCAGAGCCAGCAUGAUUCAAACACAGCCCUGGCCAAUCAGCAUCUCCUCAUAUAGAUUAAUUGAAUCAAUGAAUUUCUGUGAGGAAAGUUCAGUGUCUGCAUGCAGAGGGAGGAGACACAGUGCUGCCCUGUGCUCUGCUGACAGCAGAUCUGAGUGGAUUGAGGAGUUUUAUGCCUCCAUCAACUCGGAAUUUCCUCUGGUGGCAUUCUGAGUAACUGCAACUGGAGGUGUUCCUAGCUUUCAAUGUAAACACUGUUUUUCUCAGAAAAUACAGUGUUUACAUGAGAAAGGCUGCAGGGAGCUAUAGUUCUCACCUGAACAACCUCAUUAAACUGAAGUUGUUCAGGUGACUAUAGUGUCCCUUUAAAGAAAUGGACGUGCAUCUCUGCAGCCAUAGGUUUUGUUUUUUUGUUUCAGUAGAGGAAUUGUGAUGGGACGUUUUUAUUAUAUAAUAUACAGUUCCUUUUAAACUGACAAUGAGAUGAGUUCAGUUGAGUAUUUAUAGAAAAUUUUUAAAUGUAAACUCUGUUUUAAUGUUAAAUAUGUGUGUUCUGUGUUUGUAGAUUUUGUUCUCAAGAGUGAAUAAUCUCAGUAUGUCAGAAGAUGAAGUGGGGGAUGCUCUUUAUCACUCCCUGGCACAGGUCGGUAUUUAUAUUCCUUUUCAUUACUUAAUUGUAGGGGCUUAAUUCAUUAAAAAGCAAACUUUUCCAUAUUUCCUCGAAUCCAUGUUUAGUGCAGAGUUCUCAAUAAAUCCAGGUCACCAUGGCAAAACAUAAGUGGGACCUAGCUCUAGUUGGUUAGGUGCUCAAACGUUUCUCCAUAAAUUACCCCAUGGCUUGAUUUACCACUGGUCACAGCCUCAGGGCUCCACUUGUUCCCCUGCGCAGCUUCCUGAUUGACUGCGUUGGAAGAAAGUGACGUGAAGCUGGGACUGCCGCUGCACAUUAGGAUGCUGUGCAAGAAAGCAAGCAGAACCCUUAUGCCCUUGGAGAAGGCAGAGUUAGCCAGUCCUUCAUUAGACACCAGGGACUGCUGUAUACUUGCCACUUCCUCUCCGUCAUCGGCAAACAGCAGGUGGCAAGAGGAUUAAAAUGUUAUUUGUGUGUUUAUGAAACUGUGUGAGCCUAUGUAUGUCGGUGAUUGGCUAGUUAUACGUGUUUGUGUAUAUACAGACAAAGAGAGUGGAAAUAAAGGAUAUAAGAAUGACAUAUAGACAACAUAAUGUAAGAACUAAUGACAUUGAAAGCAGUGAUGCUGAUAUGCAUGUGUGAUAUUGGCAGCUAAAUAUGUUUGUGGUAGUUAUGUAAGCGCCUGUGAGCUCUGAGUUAUGUGUUCGUGUUGAGAUCAAUUUAUUGUGUAAGAAAAAGUUUUGCUAGUUUGGUAUGUGAAUGCCAGUGUAUGGUUGAGUAAGGUUAAUUCAUAUAUUUAUGUCUAUGUAGGUGUGUGCAUGAAAGUGUACCUUAUUCCUUACUAGACAUUUUGUCUAACUGGAACUUACUUUCCAGAAACAUUUGUCUAGCCUAUAUUUAGCGAAGUAACACUUGAAAUAUUAUUUUUGUUAAUAUAGGUCAUUUAAAUAGAGGAAAUAAACACCCUUAUAAGCACUAACAGUGAAUUUUGGCAAGUUGAAAAUAAAAUUAAAGGACUUGCUAGUUGUAAGUCUAGCAGUGAUCAUGUAGUCUGUGUGUUUUAUUUUCUCUUUGGUUACUGUAAUGAUUCAGAUUGUGUAAAAGUGGACCUGAGUUUGGGGAUCUGUUCACAUUAAUUAGUAUAUAGUUCAUGACCUGGGUCUUGUUUAAUGUUCAAACUGUGUUCUCCUUCCAGCCAGUGGGACCCAUUUGGUCUGUGUUAAACGAAGCUGCUCUCUAUUGGCGUGCCGUGGGAAACUUUACCCAAGCAGUUGCCUGUCUACGCAGAGCAAUGAACCUCUCGCCUCCCCAAAAUCAACACGUUCCCUUGGUCAAUGUAGCCAAUAUACUGAUUCACCGUGGCCUGCACGUGGAGGCUAGUAAAAUACUGCUUCAAGCUUUAGCUGUAGACCAGUCUGAGGUGAGUAUUUUUUUUAAUAUAACCUUGCAGGAAUGUGACUACCGGUUUUAUGUGACUGAUUUAACAGAGGUGUUUAAAAUGCCGCUCCAGCUAUCCAGGAGUGUUUUCCCUCCAUGUUUAUAAUCCAUCAAUAAUCAUGGCCCACUCCCAGAAUGCAAGGCAUGCAGCCACACAGAUGCAAGUUUAUCUUACAUCUUUUGUGUCAUGUCGUUUUUGCAUUCCAGUUCAAUAAAUUGCAUUUAUUUAUUUCAGCCACUUACAUUGUUGAGCCUGGGGAACACAUACUUAUCACUCAGGAACAUGACCGGUGCCCUUAAAGUCUUCCGUGCAGCGUUGGACCUCCAAAAAGGAUGCCCAGAGUGCGAGGACAGUUUACAGAUGAUCCGCUGCUUGCAACUUUACCCAUUCCUAUACAACAUCAGCACCACUGUCUGUAGCGGUAAGCUUGCAAGGUUCCUUUUCUCGAAAAUUUCACAGAGAGGGAGUAUACUCCUUCUUUCAGUAAGUGAACAUCAAGCUUACUUCUGUUAAAGGUCUGCGUGCAUACAGUCCAAUUAUUUUAGUUGUCUUAAUAUAAAUUCUGUAUGUGGAUUAAUGUAAUGCUUCCUAUACAAUAACAGGCAAGUUUGUCCUGACCUCUCCACGUUAUGGUUGAUCAAUUCCUAUUUCUUGGUUUACGUUCUUCAUCUUCAGGUUUUACUUAUUGGAAAAGGGGUCAACUUCUAGUCCAGCCAUAAGAGUCGUAAAGAAAUACUCCAAGCACCAUAACUAUUGUAUAACACUACAAUGUAGCCCAGGAAGAACCACCCCUUCACAGUUUAAAUAGUCAGACAGUUUUCUAACACUUUGCGUUCUUACUUGGAGUCCACUGCGUGCUGCUCCCUGCAUCCUAACCGAUAGAAGCUCUAUUUAUUAGCUCAGCGCACUCAGGAGGCUUCUAGCAGGAGCUUCCUCCCAUCACUUCUGCCUGGAUCGAUGCUGGAAGAGGUGCCCAAUGGACCUUAGGUAAGACACCAGACAGUCGGGGAGCCGCAUUGACUCUCCUGGCACCAUAACCUCAACAUUUCACGUGAAGUGUUCCUUUAAAGAAUGGCAUUUGUUCGGCGGUAAUGUUGGCUAUAGGUUAUUUAGUUAGAGGGAAUAAACACAUUUUAUAAGUACUAACCAUAAAUUUUGGCAAAUUGAAAACCAGAUAAACAAUUCAGAGUAAAACAUCUGUGAUAACUAUUACAACAUCCUGCCCCACGUUUCCCCUCCCCUGCUUCUGGAAGCUACUUCCAUUGAAGUAGGCCCAGCCGUGUAAGACCACACUCAUUGCAUGAGAGUGGUAAGCUGACACUCUCAACAAGUGAGUUGCUCCUGCACAGGUGGAUUGAACAGAAGGUCCUUGCAAGAGUUUCUUGUAACAUGGGAGGUGGCAAUGGGUGCACAAUGGGACCUAGGUCGGUCAUUAAACCAUUCUUAACUGGUUUGACUACUUACUCUAGGAGAGAGUCAGUGCACUGCUGGAACCAUAACCACUACAGCAAGCUAUAGUGGUAAUGAGGGGCAUGGAACGUUCAUUUAAAAUUAGACUAUUCUGCACCAAAUCUGAAAUUUAGUUUACUACUAUUUGCUGUUUAUUGAAUAGACCUCAAGUGCUCUAAAUCCGGUUUGUGGAUAAAGAUGAGCACAUAUGAUUUCCAUCUUGGAGUCCUAGAUGUGGACAAAACCCUCGAAGAGUAUGUGUUUGAUAAACUAUUCAUGUACAAUGCCCUGCCAUAGAUAUUGACAUAUAAUGCCAGUGUUUAGGACACUACCUGGUUCUAUUUAGGAACCAUCCUGGUUCUGUAGGAACAUGUGUAGUAUUAUUUUUAAAAUAAAAUACUCAACUCCUUGACUCUUGUCCACCUUGCUAUUUGAUUUUCUAAUCUAAUUGUUCUGAACAUAUUUGUUACAAUUUGUCUUUUAUAUUUCUAAUGGUUUAUAUCCAUUUUUUUUUUCAAUGUCCUUUUCAGUGAUUCAGAAUAGUUUGCUUGGAAGGACAGGUAACAACAACUGUAAAAUAUAAAUUUGAUUUGUUUAAUGAAUAUUUAGAACAAAUACCUUGUUUUGCUUGGGAAUGCAAAAGCCAGCAGAAUGUUACUAUAUCACAGACCGUAAAUAAAGUGUCUGUGAAAAACCAUCACUACUGUAUGUAACAUUGACUUACAAGCUGUAAUUACAGCCAGUAUACAGUGCGGUAGAGCCCUCCUGUUCUUGUGCAUAACAUUCUCUCUAAAUGCUUCUGCAAUAAGACUGCAGUUUUAGUAGCCGCAUGCUGAAAGUGACAUCGUUCCAGUUUGUGCCAACUGGUCACUGGGAUAUAGAUCACAUUUGUCGCAUACUUCAAUUAUGUAGGGCUGGUACACUUCCAGAAUCCUGACUAUUCCAUUGCCUUGACUUGUUUGGGACUAGGUGGCAGAUUUAUACAUAGGCAUUGUUAAUGAAUUGCUCCACAACAGACUAAAAAUAUUUGUCAAACUUUUACAUCAUCAGAAUUAGUUAGAGGAUCUGAGAUUUUUGAAUUCUAUACUUUAAGGGUUUUGAAGUAGUCAUGGUGCGUGGAGUCUAUAUGUGCAGCAUUUUGAUGCUAAACACUGCACAUAUGGAAUUUAACCUCUUUGGACGUUACUCCUCCUCCAGCAGCGUUAUUGGGUUGUCAUUAGCCAGGCUGUUUAAUGUCAGUGCUGUGUUAUGUGCAUAGUUGUAUGCAUGGAGUUGCAUUCAUUGGCUGAGAACAGUCAGCUGAUGCUCUCAACCAACGAAUGGCUGAUGGCAUCGACAUCAGGCUUCUGCAGCUCUGAUGUACAGCAGCUAUAGGGGAUCUGUGAUGUCCCCUGGAUAACCAAGUAAGCGAAUAAAAUUAGCAAAAAUGGUUUGCUGCAUUACUGGGAAAAUGGGCCGUGGUAUUCCUACCUAGCACCAUAAUCACUACUUCUAAAUUUCUCAUCUAAAUCAUAUUAUACUGCAUGAGCUCAUAUUGUACAUAUUGUAAUUAUUGGGAAUUGCUUUACCCCUUCAGAAUCCUACACUGUGCCUUCUCUGCAUUCCUUAUGAUUGUUGCUUAUUAAACAUUCAUCAGUCUUCCACUUAGUGUAUUCUCAUUCUUCAUCUGUUAGAUUUCUGAAUGAAUUAAUGGACAUAUAUAACCAAUAAUAUUUGGCAACUGUAAUAUUAAUCUGCAUUUAAAGGGGCUUAGGGUGACAUCACGUGGUUCUUGGUCAAACUAUUUCAUGUGGAUGAACCAAAAGUAGUGGUCCUCGAGGCACCCGUAGCCAAGCUAUUCAAGUACUGCUAAUGAAGAAAUUUUGCUUACAUAUUGGAAGUACCAAUUUCAUCCAUGUCUUAAAGACAUUCAUUGGCUGAACACACCAGCUGUCAUAUUUGGUUGUUGAUCAGAUGAUUGCAGCAAUGUUCAUACCAACACUGGUCUAUACACAUUGAUUCCACGGUGUACUGACCAGUGUUUUUUCAGUGGAAGACACCCCUCCACCAAUGUGUCCUUCCUUUACCUGUAUUUAGUAGUAGUGUAAUAGAAACAUAAUAUAGUCCAUAUUAGAUGACAUCAGAGCUAUGAUGACUUAGUGUAGACAACUUACCUGUACCCUGUGAUCUGAUUAUUAGGAUAUACACACUCUGGGUGGACUCCAUUAUAUCGGCUGACCAAAGCAACAACCAGAAUAUAAUAUAUAAAGUUCUUACAAUUUUAUAUAGAUCAGGAACCAAAAAAAUAGACGUCAGUCAGUUUUCUCCACCAGAGUUCAAUUCAGCUCUGUCACAGUAAUAUUAGGUGUUUUAUGAAGGAUUGAGUCAUCAGUCUACAUCUGAAACACUGGCAUUACUUACUUACAUUUAAUGUGUCUGUGACUCAAUAAACUAAUGGAUGGAUUGUGUCCUGAGAAAACAGUGAACAUAGUUUGCAACAGUUUUUCCCCACAGAAAUGUAAUGUAACUUUUCAUAAUUAGCGUCUGCAUCUAUUUAUAUAUAAAAAAAAAAUGCAUAGUAAAAAAAAUUGUAAUGUGUAAAAAUAGUAGUAAAGAUGAAUAAUCUUGGAAGGGUAACUGUCCUUCCCCUGGAUAUUUUUUUUAAAUAUUAUGUUUAACAAAAAAUUUCUUUGUGAGGUGUAAAAAAUGCAAUUCCAUGCAGAAAUCUACACCUUUUUAUUCCAUCCAACUGAAUAAAAAAAAUAAACUUUCCAAUUUAUCCAGAGCUAGUCCACACUUCCUGCUCCAAUGAAUGUGCUGCAGUUGCUGCACAGUUGGCUGAUGCUUCCUUAUGGAAGAGUUUCCCUUCCACUUAAAGGGUUAUUCCAAGCAUUAUUACCUCCACCGCCGACGGUAGUGGUUAUGAUGCUAGGAGUUUCCAGCCUUUUUGAAAUGGUUUACCUCUUACCUGGUCAGCCGCUAAACCUCCUCUAAUGCCAGGUGAUGCAUAUCUGUCUGUUGCAGAGCUGCACAAGCUGGAUGCAGACCCAGCAAGUUUCAGCCAAUGAAUGACCCUCUGUGCAAAGAAUAUGACAGUAUCAUUACUUAGGGCUUCAUUCGCUAAACACUAAAAAGUAGUGCAUUGGAAAUGGCAAAAUAUAGAGAAAAGAGACUGAUAUGAAAAAAAACUCUCCCACUCUGCUUUAGGCAAUGCUUUGCUAUAUUGGCCUUAAAUUUGCAAUUCUGUUUUCAGUUUGGAGUUAAAUGAGUAAACCUUUAAUGUUUAAACAAAUCACCUCACUCAUUGGAGGGACAGGAUCAAGGAAAAUGACAACACACUAAGCAGUCUACGGCUGUGUAAUGUGCUCGAUGACAGAUCAAGUUUUAUCCGUUCUUAUUUUUAAUGCAUUGCAUAGAUAAUGCAUUAACUACCUUUAUGUACAGAUAAUUUUCAGCCUCUUGAAUACCUUCAUAUAUUAAAUUUAGGACUCUUUCUUUGUAUAUUUGUGAUUUCUGUCCAUGACACCUUGGCAAGCCUGGUGUCCAAGUAUUGGAAGGAGUCUUGCAAUCCCAUUACAGUGACUACCUGCUUCAAAAGGAUUUAAUGUUUCUUCGUACAAUAUGACCCACUUGAAAUAGGCAUCAGCUGAUCUCUCUCUCAGCCAAUCUACCAAGAAUGGAAAUGUUUAACUCACGAGCGUUAACAGGAGUUUGCACUUAGAAAUUUCCGACUCUCCAUCUGUAGUCGUUGUGGUGUUUGGAGUAUUAAUUAUAUAGUAUUAAAACUUUAUUAAUCUCUGCAAACCCAAAUUUGCUAAAUUUUAGUGUUGGACUGUAAUCCAGUCCUUGAUCAAUUUUAACAAUCGAACUAAAAAGUCAACCUAUUUUGAGGUAUUUUUCAGCUUGCACUAGCUGUGUACAAGUUUUUUGUUUUUGUUUUCCCCCCUAAUUAUUUUAAACACUAUAGUCCCCAGAACAACUACGGCUUAAUGCAAUUGCUCUGGUAAGUAUAGUCAGUCCCUGCAGGUGCUUCCUGGAUCUGCCGUUCAGCGACGCUGAACACUCCCCAUAGGUAUACAUUGAUUCAAUGCAUCUCUAUGAGUAGAGGCCAAUUGGCUAGGGUUGCGUUUGGCCCUGCCCCUGCCCGGUCAUCAAUUCCUAUGGGAAAGCAUUGUGAUUGGCUGAGAUCAUCAAUUCUGAUUAUGUCAGCCAAGGGGGUGGGGCCAGCGCCAGCGGUGCCAUUGUGAUGCUGGAAAUAAGGUAAGUUUUCGUAUUAUUUGCGGGAUGGUGGAUGGGGGUGGGAGGGGAUAUGUUUGUUUUCCUGCUUCCUGGCCCCAUAGUGUUCUGUUAAUGUUUUUUUUAUAUAUACAUAUCAAGUGUCCUCAGAAAGCCAUGUGUGUCCUUUAGAAAAUGCUAUCUAGUAUGUAUGGUUACAAUUUAAGAUAAAGCAUUAUACUAUAGCGGAAUGAACACAAAGCAAAAGUGCCAACAAGUCCUUAGUCCCAGAAAAGCCUCAAUCACUAAGGUGUUAACUUCAAAAACACAUUUUUUUCUUCAAGUUUGUCCAUUAUUCUCUUCAUGACGAAGGUGUCUAUAAGAAUCAUCUUUUCAAAGCCACAAAAUUCAGUUCCACAUGAUUUAAAUACUUUCUUCUUUGCCCCUUUGUAAGCACUUCUGUCUAUCUACGUUAUUUAGUUGGCUGCACGACUUUCUCAGUCAGCUCCAGCUUUGCACGUAUAUCUGCUUCUCAUUACGUCAUCAAACACGAGUCGUCAUCGUUUAAUGUUCCAGUACAAAUCACGCCACUAAUAAAAAGAACAUGAUUACCCUCAAAUAACAGAAAAACGCCUCAUGGACAAUGAGACUUGAUCACUAAGAGCCCUAUGCCUGUGUGAUAAAUGGAUUUGAUGACUAGCUCGCCAUGACGGAACCCUUGUAAUUGCAUAACGGAUACAUAUAUCUCAUCUUUUAACUAUUUGUGCUACAGUGUCCUGCUCCAAUUAAGCGCAGUAAGAACGCAUGGUGGAAAAUUAACAUCUAUUUCUAAAAUGCAUGGUUUAUUUCUUUUUACUAUUAAUUGAAAAAAGUUAAUGAAUAAUGGCGUAUUUUUGUAGUUCAGAGAAGGAUGGUUUUGGUGGGAGGUUGCUCAAGUGAUAUUUGUAUUAUUUAACCUCUAGUAUGUACACAAUUUGUAAAAUGUAUUUAUAUUUUAUUUUUGUCUAAGAUGAAAAUUUUACUUUUUUUUUUUAAUCUCAGUCAUUUCAUUGUUCGUGAUUCAUUUCUCUUUCUCUCCCCUCUUUCAGUCUCUCUUCCUGUCUCACACACACGCUCUGCUCUCUGCUGGAGACCGUGCUAUCUGAGGCCGUCAUUAAUAUUCCGAGCACAGCCUGCCUCUAUAUAUGUAGCAGCAAAGCAACAUGUGCAAGGCAUUUCUAAUGACUUUUUCUAGUCUCCUAUCUACGAGCUGGUUGGGAGAGUUAAAUUUAGAAUCCGUCCUCCUUGUUUAGGCCCAAAUAUUGGAGGGAAGUCACUGUUGCUUGUGAACGUGCACGUCAUAAACUGAUCUGCAGCCAGUGACGGGGAGGGGAAUGAAAGCAAUAACCCAGGGGAGUAGCAAAGUAAUUUCAUAUAGAAAUGGCAGAACUCCAUUAAUUAUUGAGCGAGCUAUUUUUAGCCCAGCUCGCUCUUUUGUGUUUCAAGAUGUGAGGAGCAUAAAGUAUUUCAUCUGUGCUUUGGAAAUAGAUGGACUGAUAGCUUUUUUAGCGUUGACAAAGCCAUGUCAUAGUGUCACAAAAAAAAAAUCAAAGAAACGAUCAUAGACGCCAUAAACUGGGAGGAGAGCCCAACAUAGGAGGAGCCGCACACAUAUCGAUGAACGUUCUUUUCAGUCUGUUUUUUCCUUUAAUGCUUUUAUAAUAUUCACAGCCAAAAGAUGUACAAAUAAUUAAAUGGACUCUCUAAGCAUCAUAACCAACAGCGCUUAUUGUAGUGGUUAUAGUGCAAGGAAUGUUCUGUGCAGUCUCUGUUUUUCGUAUUUUGUUUUUUUUCUCAGUGUGUUAUGGAGCAGAUUGAUAAAAAAAAAAAACAACAAGGCUCUCCCAGCGCCCAAAGCUCAGCCCCUCUCACCAAGAUAACACAAGAGUUUUUCUCUCCAUUAAUCUUUCAAAAUUAAGCAGUGGUAAUAUACUGUAAGACCUAGGGAUGAGCUUGGGUGCCAGUAGAGCCCCAUGUUUAUCGACCCACUCAAACCGAAGCUGAAACUAAAAAAAAAAAAGAAUAUUUCCAACAUUCUAACCACUACAAGAAAUUGUUGUUGUUAUGGUGUAGCGCGAGGGUAGGAAACCUUUUGGCACUUAAGAUGUUACAGCCUUAAUGAUAGCAAAGCAUCAGGGAUGAUGAGGUUCACAGCAUCUGGAGUGCCGAAGGGUGCCCAGCCCUGGUGUGGUGUGUGUACUUUUAAUGUAGACACUCUGUCUACACCAUAAGUAAGCCGAUCCUUUAAAAAAAUAAUAUAAUGUAUGUAAAAAAGCAUGGUCAUUUCCUCUGUACUUAUGCACCAUAUAUAAACCCUUGCAUGUCUCUCCAUGCCUUAAAGGGGCACUAUAGGUACCCAGAUCACUUCAUAUCAUUGAAGUAGCCAUAGUGCCCUGUCCCCUUAUCCCUGCAAUUUAAUACAUUGCAGUUUGAGAGAAACUGCAAUGUUUAUAUUGCAAUGUUAAGACUCCCUCUAGUGGCUGUCUACCUGACAUCCACUAGAGGCUUUUACUGCUGUUUCACAGAGUAUGACUCCAAUGAAAUGACACUGGACAUCCUCACGCUUUGUAUGGGGACGCCCAGCGUCUUGCAAAACUCCAUAGGAAAGCAUUUAUUCAAUGCUUUCCUGUGGGGAAGACUCAACGUGCGUGUGGCACAUUAGGUUUCCCCCCGUGAUGAUAUCGGAGGAGCCGGAGAGGGAGCCAGUGUCGGUUUAUAUUUGCUUGACAUGGAGGGAGGGCAGCAGAAGGACACUGUGGUGGACCUUAUACUAUCCCCUUCGAUUACUUACCCAUGCUGGUCUCCCAAGUUUCCCGAACCCUUUUAGUGUACCGAAUUAAAGAUUUUGUGGUCUCCCAUUUUAUACCCUUCAACCACCAACCACCCUUGGCUUGCAAACUUCAGAGGAACCAUUAGUUCAAGUGCUUUCCUUGGAGGACCGCCAUUCGUAUAACCGAACACAUAUGCUCUAGUGAAUGGCGGCCAUUUUGUCUCCCGAACCCAGGCAGCAGUACAUGGUCGAGUGUCUGGAACUCUUGGACGGCUACGUGAUCCUGCGAACUCCAGAGAAACUUGUAUCGCUGCCUGUUCCUUUCCCAGAGGAGUUAGGAGAACACCGCUCGGAAAGAACUACCGAACAGGGGGAGCAUUGUAUGGUUUCCUGUAACUGAGAGAAAAUUAAGUUAUCCUUCUUUUGAAAGGGAUUUGUACUUUUUCCUAUGGAGACCUCAUGCUGGUGGGUCUGUGCAUAAAAAAACAGAGUGUGGUCUUAUAAACCUUUGAUUGAGUUCCAGAACUGUGUCUCGUCCAGUUUCCCAACAUGCUUGGCUCAGUGAAAAAACUUAAAUAGUUUUACAAAUUAGGCCACUCUUGGGACCCUAGUGGGCUAUAGUGGUUUUGGUUCUUAGAGUGCACUUUUAAAGUGAUACCGCAUCAUGUUCACUUUGGACCACUUUAAGGGUUCCUAUGGUGCCAGGAAAACAAACCCAUUUUCCUGGCACUAUUGGCGCUUGGAGUGCUCCCCUCCGUCGGCGCUGAAAGGGUUAAAACCCCUUCAGCCACUUACCUUAAUCCUGCGCUGGCGACCUCUCCUCCCCACCAAUGUCAGCUUCCGCAUUGAUCUGAAUACGCAUGUGUGGCCAGAUGUGCGUGCGCGCAUUCACACUCGCCCAUAGGAAAGCAGCUACUCAAUGCUUUCCUAUGGGGAUCUUAUUUGACACUGGACUCCAUGAGGACGUCACAGAGACAGCCACUAGAGGCUGGACUAACCCUGUUUCUCUGAAAGUACUAUGUUUUUAGCUGCAGUGUUGAGCUGAAGUGGUCUGGGUGCCUAUAAUGGUCCUUUAAGGACCACAUGACAGUCAAUGCCAUUAUGCAGUGCAGGGUUUUAAUGCCCAGUGACAGCAAAGACCGUCAUGCAAUAAAAGUAGGUGUUAAAUCCCUGCUGGUACCAAGGUACCAAGGGGGGCAUAUUGUAGCGGAGAUGCAAUAGUACCCAGGUUAUCUCCGCUUAUAAUCCAAGUGAGACUCAGGAACAAGUAAAUAGUAAAUCCAAAGGCAGGGUUUCCAGCAGGUAAAAUACAGCAAUAUCCCAACAGCAAUCCCAAUAACUGGACGACACACAGUUUCAGGAGCAUAACUGACAAGCCUUUAAUCACAGUCUCCUUAUAAAGCAUGCUCCCAUGCAAGGGAGGGAUUUACAGUAAUUAUUACAGUAGCCAAUCCUGUCCUGGUAACCUCCCACACAUCCCCUCCCCUCAGCUAGCAUCAUAAUCCCCUUAGCCAGCACACCAAUUCCCCCCAUUUCUGGAUGUACCCCUAAACGUAGGGGUACCCCUUUAAAUCAUACAUCCCCGGGUAGCCCUGAUCUGGGUGAACAACAUAUCCAAAAAUCACCCAGAUCGGACCAGGGGUUCGGGAAAAGUAUGGAGGGAAUAAAAUGACCGACCGCACGAACAGAGCUAGCCGAAUUCGGUUCCAUGUGAAUGGGCCUUGCGGUCGGUCCUGGCAUAAGGGAAUAAAAUACACGAAAGCCUCUAGCGAUAGAGGCUAGGGGGGGUUCGCCUGAAUCCCCUCGUUCGGUAUUCUCUAUUUACCGAACGAGGGGCCGUUCGGUAGUUUGGAACCGAACGGACCAGGGCUGUGGAGGUCUCAGCGGUGUUCGCCUACUCGAGUGUCCGAUUUUAGUUCCAGACACUCGACGGCAAAACACCGCUGUUCGGGAGUUUUAAAAUGGCCGCCGCCACGUGUUCGUUUGUCGAAUGGCGGCCACCCCCGAGAACAAAGGACGGCUACUUACUGUUCAAUUACCCGUUCGCAACAAUGUUGCAACGGGUAAUUGAGGACACACUUCACACAGGGAGGUCUGGUUGUUCGGUAGUUUCAUUCGAAUAAACUAAGGGAAUGAAACUACCGAACAAUCAGAGGAAUACAAUUCUUUUUCAAUACACAGAAAAUACAGCAGAUACACGGAUGCAGCUUUAUACAGUAUUUUUGUAGGGUCGCCUGGUGCCAUCCGCUACACUGCUCCCCCUUGCCCACAAGCCGGCAUACACAGUCUGAUCCAACACGGAUCGGCUUGGGGAUGUCCGGGGAGGCUCACGGAUCAUUUCUCUAGGUCAGUUUGUCGAGACAACCCAUCAGCAUUUCCAUUCUGUUUACCCGGGCGGUACUGGAUAUUAAAGUCAAAGGGCUGCAGCGCCAGACUCCAGCGCAGCAGCCGGGCAUUGUCCCCAGCCACCCGGUUUAGCCAUACUAACGGGUUGUGAUCCGUGAGCAGGGAAAAAGCUUGUCCGUACAAAUAGGGCUGUAAUUUCUUCAGGGCCCACACCACAGCCAGGCAUUCUUUCUCGAUGGCGGCGUAGCUUACUUCUCGAGGUAACAGUUUCCGGCUGAUGUAAGCCACGGGAUGUUCUCCGCCAUCGGCCCCGACUUGGCUUAAUACUGCUCCCAAUCCAAACAUAGAAGCGUCUGUGUGGACAAGAAAACGUUUAGUUGGAUUGGGAGCUGCCAAGACAGGGGCAUUUGUCAAUGCAUCUUUUAACAACUGAAAUGCCUGUUCACACUCCGGGGUCCAGGUUACUUGGCGGGGUAGGUUUUUACGGGUCAAGUCGGUGAGAGGUUUGGCCAGGGCACUGUAAUUCGGGACAAAUUUCCGGUAGUAUCCGGCCGUUCCUAAGAACGCUAACACCUGGGUCUUAGUCCUAGGGGUGGGCCAUUGAGCUACAGCCUCUACUUUGGCUGGUUCCGGCUUUUGCUUGCCGCAUCCUACCCGAUGACCUAGGUACUGUACUUCAGCCAUUCCUAUGCUGCAUUUGGCUGGUUUCAGCAUUAAACCAGCGGCCCUAAUCCUAUCUAGGACCGCUCCUAUAUGGGUCAGGUGUUCCUGCCAGGUAUUGCUGAAAAUGGCAAUAUCGUCGAGGUAUGCGCAGGUAUAAUCCUGGAACCCAUCUAGGAGGCGGUCCACCAUCCGCUGAAAAGUCGCCGGGGCGUUUUUCAUCCCAAACGGCAUGACCUUAAAUUGGUACAAGCCGAAUGGGGUGACAAAGGCCGACUUAGGGAUGGCGUCUUGUGCCAAGGGUAUUUGCCAAUACCCUUUACACAAGUCAAUUGUGGUGAGAUAGUGCCCCCUUGCCAUCCGAUCCAGGAGUUCGUCUAUCCUGGGCAUCGGAUAGGCGUCCGAUACCGUCUUCUCAUUUAAUCUCCGGUAGUCUACACAAAACCGGGUCGUGCCGUCCCGCUUUGGUACUAGUACUACCGGAGAUGCCCAGGGGCUGUCGGAGGGCUCAAUCACUCCCAGCUGGAGCAUCUCAUCGAUCUCCUUGCGCAUGUUCGCCCGUACCGCUUCUGGGAUGCGGUACGGGGUCUGACGCAUGGGAAGUUGCCCUGGGGUGUCUACUCGGUGAGUGGCCAGAGGAGUGUAACCAGGUACAUUAGAGAAGAUAUCCUGCUUCUCCCUCAACAGCUGUUGUACUUCGCUCCGCUCCUGUGGGCUCAACCGAUCCCCCAGGGUGACCUCCCCUAAGUCCCCGGAUAACUGACCCUCUCCCAGCAGAUCCGGGAGAGGUAAACUGUCAAACUCUUCGGAGUUAGGCGCACAUAUAGCGGUCACUUCCUCCGAGCGCCCCUGGUAGGGCUUCAUCAUGUUCACAUGGAGCAUGCGUCGCCCCCCAGUACCAACGCACGAGCCGAUUAUAUAAGUGGUGUCACACCGUUGUUCCACCACCUUAUAAGGGCCCUGCCAGGCGGCCUGCAGCUUAUCGUAUCGGACAGGUUUUAAGAUUAACACCUUCUGCCCGACCUGAAAGCUACGGUCCCUGGCGCCCCGAUCAUACCAUGUGCGCUGGCGUGUCUGAGCCGCCUGCAAAUUCUCGCGUACCGUCUGAGUUAAGGCCUCAAGGCGGUCUCGGAAUGCCAACACAUAGGGUAUGAUGGGGUACCGUCAGUGCUCCGUUCUCCCUCCCAAUGCUCUCUGAUCAAAUCUAAAGGCCCUCGUACCCUGCGGCCAAACAAUAGUUCAAAUGGGGAGAACCCAGUGGAUUCCUGCGGCACCUCCCGGUAAGCAAAGAGGAGGUGCGGCAGGAACUUCUCCCAGUCCGUGUGGGUCUCUGCGAAGGUUCGGAGCAUUUGUUUCAAUGUACCGUUGAAACGUUCGCAGAGCCCAUUCGUCUGGGGGUGGUAAGGGGAACUAAUGACCGGCUUAAUGUCACAAAACUUCCAGAGGCGGUGAACUGGGUGCCUGAUCGGAGACAAUCUCCCUGGGGAGUCCCACCCGGGAGAAUAUCUUCAUCAGGGCUUCCGCUACUGUCUCAGCCUGUAUAUUCGUCAGGCCCACCGCCUCUGGAUAUCUAGUGGCAUAAUCUACUACGGUCAGGAUAAAUCUUUUACCUGACGGGCUUGCUUUGUUGAGGGGUCCUAUUAGGUCCACUGCUACCCUGCUAAAGGGUUCCUCGAUUAUGGGGAGGGGAUGUAACUUGGCCUUGCGCCGGUCCCCCCCUUUUCCCCACCCUUUGACAGGUAUCGCACGUGUUGCAAUACCUGCGCACCUCCUGGCUAAUUCCCGGCCAAAAGAAACUUUGGGUUAACCUGUAUCGGGUCCUGCUGACCCCUAAAUGUCCAGAUAGCGGAAUGUCAUGGGCUAUCCGUAGUAACUCCGCCCGGUACCGCGGAGGUACCACUAACUGCCUCAUCACAAUCGGGUCUGACCCGGAUACCUGCUUAUCCGUCUCCCGAUAUAACAGCUGGUUGUCCCAAAUAAACCUUUCGCCCUCCCCCCCAGGCGUGUCUGCUGUCACCUUGUCCCUAUACACCUGCAAAGUGGGAUCAGUCACUACCUCAGCUGCAAAUUCGCUAGGAGGGGCCCAGGGAACACAGUCAGGGGAAGGGGACGGAUCUCUUACCUGGACCUCCGGGAGUGUGUUGUAGUCCUGGGUGCGGGCCUGUUGUCGAGUGACCACAGGGUGAGCUUCUCCUGUGAUGGGGGUCUGGGGCUCAAAAGCAGAUGUGAGCCUCCCCAGAUCGUUCCCCAAUAAAACCUCCGCCGGUAACUGCGGCAUCAACCCCACCUCCACAUGCCCUGCCCCCGCUCCCCAAUGCAAAUGUACCCUUGCUGUGGGUAGCCGGUAUACUGCUCCCCGGCUACCCUGACGGCCACAGUCUUACUAAGUUUAGCUUGGUCUGAGACCAGGUGACUUUUUACCAGGGUGAUGGUGGCUCCUGAGUCACGUAGCCCCUGAACUGCUUUUCCCUCCAGAUACACGGUCUGCCUGUGAUGCUGGCGGUUGUCUGCGUUAGCCUGGACGGGAUCUGCCUCGUGCAGUACCUCCCACUGCUCUACCGUUGUGAUGGGAACUGCUGAACCAUACGGUGUGGCCACGAUGUCCUGGUAGUGAUGGGCUGCGGCGGCUCUCGGUGGUGGUGGUGGACCGGGUCGGAUCCAGGUGGAACGGUCCCGCAGCUGGGGGCAUUCCCUUUUAUAAUGUCCCCACUUCUGGCAGUGGUGGCAAGGGCCCGACGUGGGCUGGCGGAAACGUGGCUGUGUAGCGGGUGGUGGUGGUGGUGGCAGUGACCUUGGUAGAGCUGGCGUGUAGUUAUUUCCCCCAAAGGUUUUAAAAGGGACUUUUGGAGCUGCAGGUUUUUGCUGCCUGCGUGCAUCCAGGUACUCGUCUGCCUUCCUGGCUGCUUCGGUAAGGGAGGUAGGGUUUCUGUCUCUUACCCACUCCUGUACCUUGCUGGUUACUCCUUCAUAAAAUUGCUCCAGCAGUACCAUUUGCAAUACAUCCUCCAUAGACUGUGCCUUGCUCGCUUGCACCCACCCCAAGACUGCUCGUUGUAGUCUGCAUGCCCACUCAGCAUGUGAGUCUUUCUCCACCUUCUUUAGAUCCCUGAAUCUCCGCCGGUAUGCUUCUGGUGUUAUAGCAUACCUGGCCAGUAUAAUUUCUUUCACUUUGUGAUAAUUCCGAAUUUCAUCAUUCGGUACAGUCCGGUAUGCCUCAGCUGCCCUCCCAGUUAACCUUCCUGCCAAAAUGGGUACCCAGUCCUCUGCGCUGAUUCUAUGCAGUGCACACAGUCUCUCGAAAUCUUGCAGGAAAGAGUCUAUAUCUUCCUCUGCCUCCACAUAUGUUUUAAAAGCCUGGUACGGUAUUUUCGGCUUACCUUCAUGUGGCAUAUUUACUGCAGAGCUGCGUUCUGGGGCCGCUGUUUGACUCCUCAGUAUAAACUCCUGGACCUCCGUUAACGUUUUGGAAAUAAUCUCUGUUGGAGGGUGUUCCCCAUAGAAAGACAGCCGAAAUUGUACCUGUCUCUGGAACUCCCUUUGUUCCGGUGUUUCUCCCGAAUUCCCUUGUUCGGGAACCGAAUCGCCUUCCAUUCGGUACUCCGCCAUCAGUUCAGUGAUAAGUGCCGCUUUUGUCUUAUUGCUGGCUUGUAUACCCUUUGCCUCCAGAAGGUCUUUUAGCGUGGAGCGUUUUAGUGUGGCAAAAUCAAUCUCCAUCCGUACUCCAUUUAGGCUUGUUCCUCUGUGAGUCUGGAUCCCAGCGCUGCCAACCAAUGUAGCGGAGAUGCAAUAGUACCCAGGUUAUCUCCGCUUAUAAUCCAAGUGAGACUCAGGAACAAGUAAAUAGUAAAUCCAAAGGCAGGGUUUCCAGCAGGUAAAAUACAGCAAUAUCCCAACAGCAAUCCCAAUAACUGGACGACACACAGUUUCAGGAGCAUAACUGACAAGCCUUUAAUCACAGUCUCCUUAUAAAGCAUGCUCCCAUGCAAGGGAGGGAUUUACAGUAAUUAUUACAGUAGCCAAUCCUGUCCUGGUAACCUCCCACACCUCCCCUCCCCUCAGCCAGCAUCAUAAUCCCCUUAUCCAGCACACCAAUUCCCCCCAUUUCUGGAUGUACCCCUAAACGUAGGGGUACCUCUUUAAAUCAUACAUCCCCGGGUAGCCCUGAUCUGGGUGAACAACAUAUCCAAAAAUCACCCAGAUCGACCAGGGGUUCGGGAAAAGUAUGGAGGGAAUAAAAUGACCGACCGCACGAACAGAGAUAGCCGAAUUCGGUUCCAUGUGAAUGGGCCUUGCGGUCGGUCCUGGCAUAAGGGAAUAAAAUACACGAAAGCCUCUAGCGAUAGAGGCUGGGGGGGGUUCGCCUGAAUCCCCUCGUUCGGUAUUCUCUAUUUACCGAACGAGGGGCCGUUCGGUAGUUUGGAACCGAACGGACCAGGGCUGUGGAGGUCUCAGCGGUGUUCGCCUACUCGAGUGUCCGAUUUUAGUUCCAGACACUCGACGGCAAAACACCGCUGUUCGGGAGUUUUAAAAUGGCCGCCGCCACGUGUUCGUUUGUCGAAUGGCGGCCACCCCCGAGAACAAAGGACGGCUACUUACUGUUCAAUUACCCGUUCGCAACAAUGUUGCAACGGGUAAUUGAGGACACACUUCACACAGGGAGGUCGGGUUGUUCGGUAGUUUCAUUCGAAUAAACUAAGGGAAUGAAACUACCGAACAAUCAGAGGAAUACAAUUCUUUUUCAAUACACAGAAAAUACAGCAGAUACACGGAUGCAGCUUUAUACAGUAUUUUUGUAGGGUCGCCUGGUGCAAUCCGCUACACAUAUUUUGCCCGUUUGAUACUCAUUUGGGAUUUUCCCUUUUCAGUUUCUGUCAGCUCCUUUGUCAUGACCAGGUAUAAUAUGUAUGGAUGGGGUGAGCUACAUCUUUCUAGUGCUUAUAUGUGUCUGUCGUUAUUGCUUUAACCAGCAUAAUAUUAAUAUUGCAAUGUUCAUAUCUCUUGUUUAAUUACAUUCUAUACAUUUCUCUUAUGUUAGGGACACAGCUGUCGGUUCGUAGAUAUCCGCCUGCACGGUUUUUAAGUGGGUGUUUUGGAGUUCUGUAGGUGGCUACUCCAGUUGUCCCAUGCCUCUGUCCAAUUUGUUUUCAGUGAGUUUAUGCGUCUGGCCGCCAGCUCAUAUUGUUUGGUGGUUUCUAUUGUUUGUAUGCACUGCUGGAGCUUUGGUGGAGAGGCAGAUCGCCAGUGUCUGCUAAUCACCAUUAACGCUGCCAUAAUGAUGUGGUAUAUUAAGUAUUUUUGUGGUUUCUUUAGGUUUUUGGGGAAUAGCUGGAGGAGGAAAAUUUCUGGAUUGCGUUCUAGUCUUGUGUGCUUAGGUAUAUGAGUUUUAUUAUGUCAUCCCAGAAGGUGGUGAGAUCAGGACACGUCCACCAGAUGUGGAGCAUUGUUCGCUUGUGUUGUUGGCAUCUCCAGCAUGUGUCUGUGGCCUGUGGGUGUGCUGCUUUUAUCCGGGUGGGGACCAAAUACCACCUGUAUAAGAUUUUACGGGAGUGCUUCAUAUGGGAGGUACAUUUUGAGAGAGAGCUGUGUGCUUGCAGUAUGUCUUUCCAUUGUUGCGGACUUUGGGGGGUGCGUGAACUCUUUCUCCCAGGGAAUGAAUGGGAAUGGUGCGUGGGUUUUAGAGGUCUGUAACGUUUGGUAAAUUGUAGAGAGUAGUUUUUUAGGGGGAGAGAGGCGUGCACAGAUUUUUUUUCUACCACCGUCAGCAGUUGUCCCUGUACAUCAUCUUUGUAGGUAAUGGUUUGUUUUUUAAGCCAUGACUGGAUUUGCCUAUAUGAGAAUAGAGCUGUAGGGUUGUGGUGGAACGCUGUUGUUAGUUCUUCAAAUUUUGUGAGCUCUUGGCCCUGCAGCAUUUGGUGUAGGAAUUUGAUGCCAUGUCGUUGCCAAAUGGCAUGGUUGAAAUUUGGUAUUAUAUGGUGGAGAGCUUUUAUUGGGGUAGCGGGGGAAAGUUUACCUUUCCAUUUCAUUUUGUGGCAGUACUGGUCCCAUAUGUGUAGGGUGAGUGUUGUUGUUGGGAGCAUAAUUUUUUGCGGGGGUCUGUGUGGGUGUGGGAGCCAGGCUAAGACAGAGAUUGGUAUCCCAUUGGCGUGGUGUGCCUUUAUGUCCGACCAUUGGUUUGCUUGGUCUUUGUUGCUUUCUGCUAGGAGUGGGCUGAGGAUUGCUGCUUGGUAGUAGUUGUGUAUGUUUGGUACCCCCAUCCCUCCCUGUGUUCGUGGCAGAUAUAGGAUAUUCUUGGCUUCUUGCCAUCCCAUAUGAACGACAUGAUGACUUUUUGCGCUUCUUGAAGGAAGUGGCUUGGUAAUUUUAUGGGGAGUUUUCUAAAGAGGUAUUGUAGCUUCGGUAAGAUUAUCAUUUUUAUAGCAGCCAUUCUGCCCAACCAUGAAAUGUAUUUACCUCUCCACCCUGUUAGUAUAUUUUUGGUUUCCCUUAGUGUUUUUUGGUAGUUUGUCUUGUAUAGGUUUGAUAGUGAGGGGGUGAUGUUGAUCCUUAGGAAUUUGAGAUGGUCUUUUCUCCAGUCGUAAUUAAAGGACUUUCGGAGAUUGUCCAGUGUUGCUGUGGGGAUGUUUAUCCCCAGGGCUUGCGUUUUGGCGAUGUUGAGCUUAUAGUGUGAGCAUUUGCUAUAACAUGCUAGGGUGUUGUGGAAGUUUGGCAGUGAGAUGUGAGGUUGUUCUAGGGUGAGGAGUAUAUCAUCCGCCAAUAAGGUGAUUUUGUAUUCUCUGUUUUUUCUUUUUAUGCUGUGGAUGUUGGGGUUAUCCCUUAUAAGUUGUGUAAGUGAUUCUAGUGACAGGAUGUAGAGAAUAGGGGAGAGUGGUCAUCCCUGCCUAGUACCGUUUGUGAUGUCGAAUUUUUUGGAGGCGAAGCCCCUGUUGGUCACCCUAGCUGUCGGUACAGAGUUUAAUGCCUCCACUUGCCGCAUGAAUGUGUUGGGGAAUCCGAAUUUGUAUAGAACUGCGCGGAGGAAGGGCUAGUGCAGCCUGUCAAAAGCUUUUUCAGCAUCCAAUGAGAGCAGCAGACACUGGUCCCUCCUCUCGCGCCCCCACCUGAAGUAAGUUUAGGAUCUUACGCGUGCCAUCCGCACCCUGUCUGCCACCGACAAAUCCUACUUGGUCAUCAUGUAUGAUGGGUGUUAGUCUGUUUGGGAAAUUUUUGCUAGUAAUUUGAUGUCGGUGUUCGAGUGAGAUUGGCCUCAAAUUUUGGCACUUGUUUGGGGGUUUGCCCGGUUUUGGCAGGGUGCCAUCAGCAUUUCUGGUGGGAUCUGGCCUGUUUGUAUGAUGUGGUUGAAUGCUAUCUCUAAGUGUGGGGACAGAGUGGCGGCAAACUUUUUGUAGUAUGCGUUUGUAAAGCCGUCUGGUCCUGGUGAUUUGCCAGGUGGCAGAGAAUUUAUGGUGAGCAGGAUCUCAUUCGCUGUGAUUUUGGGUUUUGUAGUUGUUAUCGCUGUAUGUCUGUCAGUGUUGGUAGUUUGGAAAGAGCGAGGAAACCCUCAAUUUCUAGGUUGGUGGGUUGAUGUAGUGUUGUAUCGUUCUUGAGGUAGUAUAAUGUGUGGUAGUGUGUUGCCAUGUUGUCGUUUAUGUCCUGUGGGUUGUGCAUUUUUUCGCCUCCUUGUGUGAGUAAGUACGGGAUCUUGGCAUUAGAUUGUUUUUGCCUGAGUUGUGUUGCUAAAUAUUUCCCUGCUUUGUUCCCUUGCGUGUACGUUGUUUGUUUGAGUUUUUGUAGGAUGUGUGCGGUCUUAGCUAGCUCUAGAUUAUUUAGGCGUGCUGUAGUGUCUGUGAUUGUUUGCGUUCUCUGUGGGGUGGGUUGUACGGUGUUCGCUUUGGUUGUGUCUCUCAGUGUGCGUAAUAAUGUUUGGUGUUCUUCUUUAGAUUUUUUAUUUAGAUAUGAUGCCUGGCUGAUCAUGUGGCCUCCCAUGACCGCUUUGUGGGCCUGCCACGCUGUGGUUGGUUGUACAUCUGGUGUACUGUUUGUCGUAAAGUAGUCGCUGAGUGUGUUUGUCAUUUUUUGGGUAAAAGUGUUAUUCUGCAAUAGGGAGUCAUUUAGGCGCCAUGGUGUUUUGCCUCUGUGUUGGAAGUUUCCUUUUUGUUCUAUCGUUGUCGGGGCAUGGUCUGACCAUGUUAUGUCUCCUAUAUCACUUUUUGUUAUUUGUGAUACUAGUGGGCCCGAUAUGAGUAUAAAGUCUAUCCUCAAAUAUGAUUUGUGGACUGCCGAGUAAAAUGAGAACUGUUUGUCUCCUGGGUGCCCUAGUCUCCAGGAGUCAUACAUCCCAAAUUCUCCUAUUAAUUUGUUUAAAACUUUACAUUGUGAUUUUAUCACUCUCUGUCUAGGUGCUGCGGGAUUUAAUGUGGUAUCCAAAAAUGGGUCCAGCGGGUGAUUUAGGUCCCCACAGAGUACAACUGAUGUUGUGUGUGUGUGUGUGUGUGGUGGGAGUUGUGGAUAGUACUCUGUGGAGAAAGUUUCUUUGGUUUGUGUUUGGACUAUAGAAGCUAACUAUGGUAAAAUUUGAUUCAUUUAUUAAGCAUUGGAGCAUCACGUAUCUUCCCUGGUUGUCUUUUUUAACGUGGAGAAGCUCCACUGUGAGAGAGGAGUGUAGGAGGAUGGAGACUCCUCUCGAUUUUGAGGAGUGUGUUGCGUGGUAUUGGUGGGGGUAAUAUCUUAUGCCAAAAUGCGGUACUCUAGCAGUUACGAAGUGUCUCUUGUAGACACACGAUGUCUGCCUUAAUUUGUUUGGCUUCUGCUAGGGCCAAGCGCCUUUUGUGUGGGGUGUUUAGUCCUCUAGCGUUAUGUGAGUAUAUUUUCAUAUUAUGGGUUUGUGGUAGAGAGAGCUCGUAUGUGAAUUCUGCGUGUCUGUUUUUUGGUGUGAUAGCCAUGGUGGCCUUGUUUGUGCUUGGUGGUGGGCAGGGAGGUGUGACUUUCUGGACUUAGAGGGAAGAGGGAGCGGGAGGUAAAGAACCAAUUUAUGUACAAGGUGACCCAAAGCGGGGUCUUGGCACUAUGGUAUUGUGCCAUGGGGGGUAAGCGUCGAGCGACGCCUCUGGUUUUGUGGCUGUCGGGCUCUCAUGCUUAUUGCGUUUGGGGUUCAGAACUUUAACCUUGUGGUGUUUUUAUGCGCUGGGGUGGCAGGCCCGGCAGGGUGUCGCGUCUUUGGUCGAUUUUAGGGGUGGGAUAUGUUAUCCUCAAUCAUCAGGCCUGUGUGGGUCUUAUGUUAUCCUCCCUUGGUCUGCUGUUUGUCAUAACGCUAGUCCUUAAGGGGGUGUUUCUACAUAAAAUAAGUUAUUUAGCUGGCAGUUGAAUGGGAUCAGAUGAGCGAAAUCAAGACCUCCAACAUGACCAUGAUGUGGUAGGGUAGCCAACAUACUAUAGGGACUAUUACAUAAGGGGCUAUGAGCCUCCUACUAAUUCUGGCUACGGUUGUUUUUUUGUUUUUUUUUUCUUUUCUUUUUUCGAGUCCGUCCUCUGCUGGCUUGCAACCAUACACUGCCCUGUCGGCGCUGCCUCCCCUGUCUUUGCCUUUCCAUAGGCGUUUGCAAAACCGUCCUUAGUUAUCCCACAGAUAAACAUAAAAACAAGUUACUAAAGAAACAUAUACAACAUUAGCACAUAAACAUAUAACUCCAUAUCUCACGUAUCCGAAGUGUGUUCGGUGUUGUUGGUUAUGUGGAUUUGUUGGAUAUCUGGCGCCAUUCAGGUGUUAGGCGCUCUGCUGGGCCUGCUUUUUUCGGGGAUCCCGUUAGUAGGCCCCAUUCUCUGAGUUGCUUAAGUCCGUCUUCUGGUGUGUGUAUGAUUUUCAGUCUGCCAUUUUUGGUGAUCAGCAAUUUGGUGGGGUAUCCCCAUCGGUACUGGAUUCCUUUAUUUCUCAGCUCCUCCGUGAUCUCUUGGAAUUCUUUUCUCCGCUUGAGGGUAGCUGCCGAUAGAUCUGCCAUGAUUUUCACUGAUGGGUAGUCUUCGUGUGGUGUUGCUCGGUUUCUGCUGGCGUGGAGCACUGCCUCUUUGAUGUGGAAGUAAUGCGCUCUCAUUAAGACGUCUCUUGGGGUUGCAUCAGGUAGGUUCCUUGGUUUUGGGACUCUAUGAACUCUAUCUACUAGCAUCAUGUCUUCUUGUAUUUCAGGUACAUAUGCUCUCAUCAGGCCUCUGACAUACGCCUGUAGGUCGCCGGGGAAGACCAUUUCAGGAACCCAUCUUAAUCGGAGGUUAUUUCUCCGUGAUCUGUCCUCUGCAUCCGCCAUGCGCGUCUCUAUUAGUGUCACCUUUUGUUCUAAGGCUGCUACAUGGUCGGCUAUGUCAUUGUGUGCUGUGGCAUAUUCACUUAGUUUGUUUUCAAUGUGUGCCGUUAUACAGCACCUCUUUCCUGAGUUGUUCAAUAGAUGUCUGCCAGGUUUUCACUAAUUUGUCUGACAUUGCUUCUAGGGCUUCAGUUAGGUGUGCUUUGGUGAGUUCCCCUGAUGCCCUGUGGGAGGUUUCGUCCGUGUGGAGCGUUCCUGCGUCCUGAUCAUCGGCGCAAUCUUGGAUUUGGGCCCGUUCUGCUUCGGAGCCUGUUGCUGAUUUUUGGCAGAAAUUUUUUUUUUUGCUUUUUGGGUAGAUUUCUUGCUUUUGGGGUGAGACAUGGUGCAGAUUGCUGUUUUUGUAGUGUUCUGAUAGUGGAUUGCUAUGGAUAUUGAGAGCCCGGGUGCCAGAGCAGUUUCCUAUGCUUCCAGGCUGCUCAGCGGUUGGCCACUCCCCCCAUUACUUUUAAUCUUAAUAGACAAGCAUACCAAUGUCUUAAGUCACUCCACAUUUAAAUUUUAUUUUACUUUUUAUGAUCUGUAAUCACCAAAAUAGACUGGAAUCCUAGACAUAUUGUACACUCUGUAAAUCAGGAAUUAAUUUAUUUUGAAUUUAUUUUCUUAAAGGGAUACCUGCCUUCCACCUUCCUUGCACCAUUCCCCUCCUCGUCCCCGGUCGCGGCACUGUCUCCUCUUACGUUACUGACUAGGGGGAAAUAGCUGAGGCUGGAUGUCCUCAUGCAGAGCGGACCAAAAGUCCGUCAACAUCCAGGAAGUACCUCUAGUGGCUGGAGGCAGACUUAGUGCUGCAAUGUAAACAUUGCAGUUUCUCUGGAACAGCACAAACGAAGUCUCUUAACAGGAUUUUUGCAGGGCCCAUAGUCUUUGGGCAGGAGACUAGCCAGCAGGCCCCUCCAGGAACACGUGGCAGAGGAAUUUCUGACCAGGUGAUGAUGGGAGCUUUAUUACAGAUCACAAUGCUAGGAUUAUUUUUGGAAAUUAAGAUUGCGUUACUUUGGUACUACAUAAAUGUCCCUCCUGAACCAUUCCAUCUAGAGUCCUAGAUCUUGACAUGGCCUGUGGUGUGUGUCACAUGCUUAUGUAUGUCUGAUCUUGCUCUAAUAUAAACAGCGUUAUAGCACAAUUAUAUUUAUUGAAUGAUGAGCGGGAAAAAAACAGAAUGUGUCAGCAAUGAACAUCACAGCCUUAUAAAUUAGACGUUCGUUGAUGUCAAGCAAAAGACUAAUUUUAGCCUGCGAGGCACGAGUACAAAAUGCACAUCAGUGGCUUCUCAUGAAUUACACAUUAAGCUUUCCUACACAUUGCUGGUGGUUUUAAGUAAGCGUAAAACGUGUUGCUAUUAAGUGGGGUAACGAAGGUUUGUCCGAAUUCGGCAGCUUGGGUAAUUUUAUGAUUUGUAUACUUUGAGAGUCUUUAGAUAGGUGAUGUCCGUGAAGUAAUGUAUGAGUAAGAGGUCUAAUUUUCCUGCUUUAAAGGCUGGUGAUUUAGCUGGGGUCUGCAUCAUUGAACCACUUGGCCCUCUGAAAUCUGUGUGUAUAUAAUCUUUGAUCAUUGAGGUUACUGCAAUGUUCUGUUUUAACCUUGGAUUUCCAAGAGUGCAAGCUGGAGUAUCAGAGCAACAAAGUUUUGUUUAGUUUUUUGUUUGUUUUGUUUUUUACAUUUCUUAUAGAUUUUAUUAUUUAGGGUUUUUAAUACAAUUUGCACAAACCUAAAUCGUGCCCUUGUGCCUUCGCUGCUGCUUGGUCAUAGGUAAUCAAGGCCUCUAUGAAAUCGAAUAACCUGACAAAUAGCGGAAGGCUGAUCAUGUAUAUCAAGCCAAGAUGUAAAUGUAUAAUGUAAAUGGCCCACAGUAAGCAAAAAGGUUUCGCAUACCUCUUAGAGCAGUCCAAGAUGACUUUGGAACCCUUUCCUCACACCAUGUCCGCGCUGAGUCCAGUGUGAACACAUCAUAUCAUUUUAAAGGCCAGUCUUAUUUUUGAUACCUGAUAAAAUCUAAACACUGAAUUUGUCAUCUUUAUUGUUCCCUCCAACAUUGUGGCUACAAUGUAUUGUUCUUGUUUGUCUUAAUAAAUCGUAACUUUGAUUUGUUUUUUAACUACCUACCUAUAUUGUGAUUUUUGUGUUUUGUUUUUUAUGGUCAGUGUGUGCACAUAUAUGUAUAUACACACAUUAUAAUCCUUAUUACUCUAUGUUAAGUCUUUUCUGUAUAGAUAUAGAUUGUUUUGUAGACUUGAUCCUAGCAUUAUUUGUUUGUUUUUUUUGUUAAUCCUUUUUAGUAUGCCUUCCAUUUCUCUCCUAAUACAAGUUCAUAAACUUGUCUACUUUAAGGCCACUGCCAUGCCAGCAGUAAAAAUGGACCCAACGGUUCAAAGAAAUAUUCCCAUAGUUACACGCAGGUUUUAAAUGAAACAGAGGACAAAGAUGACCAGGACAAUGCUGAGGAGCAAGAUUCUUCUCUACAGCUUGGAAGUAAGCUAUUUGUCCCAUUAUUUUAAUAUUUGUUUCAUUUAAUUAAAGCGCAAAAAAUAAAACUGGGUUUUAUACCUAUGUAAAAAAUACAAACAUUGCUCAAAGAUUUAGGGUGAGCAAAUGGAAGUGAUCUAUUUUGUUGUUGUUUAAGUUGCCACCUAAUCAUCAGACGACGUAAGAGCUGUCAUUAUAGCAUGAACAAUGUAUCACAUGCCUGGUUUUAGAAUUUUAAUUUGUUAAAUUGUUUUUACUAGAUAGCUAAAAUGUUAUAAUAUUUUUGAGGGGUAAGCUGGGUUAGGUUUGCAUUAAGGAGGAGGCUUCCAAGGCACAUCCUGGCAUAUUAUGUAAAUUGUUGGUGUCCUUUGAUACUGCGUGCUUGGCUCAUCAAUUGAAGAAUGCUUAUGCUUGCUCAUGGCAUUAUGGUAAAUUAAUGUAUGGGCAUACAUUCAUACCUAGAGCAUCUCAACUCCACUACCUGGAUGUGCUAUGAUGGUAAUUUUUUUAAAUUAGAUUCUGCUGCCCACAUCUUCAUAACCUCCUUGUAGUGGCUGUGGUGUAGUGGCUCCAGAGUAAGAGGGUUUCAUUAUCAUCUGGUGAAAAUUAUAGGUGCAUUAUCGCCAGCCAAAUCACCUAACUGGUGCCUUAUGUAGAAAUAGGGGUUUAUACAUUUAUUGGAUGAUUGUCUGUCUACAAAAGUAUUUAAUGUAGUAUUGCAUAAAUUGUUUACGAAAACUGUGCUUAAAUUAUUAACCACCCUUUUGUGUUUUCCUGAAUUUUUUCCGCCCCCUUUUUAUUUAUUCUUGGGUGAUAUGCACCGCUCUAGAAUAUAGUAGGGGAUAUCAUAGUUUUAGCUAUAUAUUUAUCUUCUCCCCUCUUCCUUGACUGCAGAGCUCUAUUUGUGAAAGUAGCAUCUUUGAAAUUGGUUAUUUUAUUAUCAUCAGAUUUACUGUUGAAUUUUUAUUCUAUCCUUUUUUUCAGAUUUAUUAUAGACCUUAUACUAGAAAAAUAAAGGCAAACACAAACUGUUGCUUAUUUGUUUGGGGGUUUUUUUGUUUGGUUUUUGAAAUUUUUAUUUAUGAUUCCUUUGUCGUCUUAGCAGAAACAAACCACACAGAGGUUGAUGAAUCUACUGGGGAGAGUCCAAUGUCCGAAGAGAUGAUGGCUCUGGUGGACGAGUUUGAAAACUCAUGGCCUUUGGAAGCCUUCGAGGGAGCACUGGAAUUAAAGGGUAGAAGGAUGGACCUUCAGGGCAUAAGAGUUCUAAAUAAGGGCAACCAUAAUGGUCAGCCUGGGUCCUGCUUUGGAGAUUGUGAAGAUGAUGAUGAGGCCGAAUGGGUAAGCAUUUUCUUUUGCAUAUACAUCAUUGUUUUGUUUUUUCUUUCUUUCUAACUACUAAAUAUGCUUAAAUGGAAUGAUGGUAUCGGUAGAUUUCUCUUUGAAGAACAGUGGCAGAAAUUUAUCAAUACCCCACAAGGUUGUAGCAUUAAUCACAUAAAAACAUAGAAAAAUACCAAUUUCUUAACACUUGAUAUCCUCUUGGUCAGGGGUGCCCAAGAGGUUGAUCCCCAGGUGUUUUUAAAAACUACAAUUUCCGUGAUGCUUUGUCAUUCUAAAAUCAUGCAAAGCAUCAUGGGGGUCUACCUUUUGGGCACCCCUGCUCUAAAUUAUCAUAUAGAUUCUCAUCACUUGUUUCCGAACAUAAUCUGAUAGCUCACUGGCUGAGAGUGAAGCCUACACCGCUGUGCUUGGCUCAGAUAGAGCUUUUUGCAUUUUCUUGUCAUUAUUACUAUAUUUCUUUUUGUUUUGGUUUAUUUCUGCUGCAGAUUACGUUCCAAGUAAAGCGUUUGAAGAAGCCAAAAUCUGAUGGUUCUCACACUCUUGACCUCACUGACUCCGUUGGAGAAGAAUUUUCUGAUAAUAAAGAGAUACAGUCUGGACUGGAAAUCACUGGUCCAAAAAUACCAGCCCCUGGUCCUGCUGGUACGCAUGAACAGUUGUGACCUGCUUACAGUAUAAAGCGCAUUCUGUAUAAUUUCUUAAUUAGGUUAAUGAUUGCUAAGAUUAAUUUCUCCUAUCUUCUUCCUUGACUUCUGUAAGCUCAGAUACAGAGCACCCUCAGACGGAUCUGCUUGCAUUACAAAAAAAUUGUGUGAAAGCUUUGUUUUUGAGCAGAAAUCACAGUUCGGUUUAAUCACAUCAAGACAGAUUUACUUUUUAGCCAAUAAUGCUCUACAAAGGACCCCUUUUACUAUUGCGUUUUCCUGAAGAUAUACAAGAGGAGGGGUUACAUAGUUUUACAUACAUGGCUGAAAAUGGCAGAAUACAGACCUUUAACAAGCACCUCUUGUGAUGUCCUAUAUAUAAAUAUAUGUUUAUUGCAGCUCACGCCCAUCACAGAUUGUCUAUGAAGGAUCUUGCAGUCGCAUUGGGAUUUUCAUUGAUUCAUGUUCCUAGUCUGACACAUGUGCGAGAGUACGAAGCUGACACAGAUCCUGGGAUAGUUUUACCUAUAGUUUAUAAUCUAGGUUUAAUAAGUGUACUCAGGUUUAAAUAAUUACGCUCAUAUUUUGUAGUGCCUCUCCGUUAUUCACCUCAUUGGAACAAUCAGUAUGUUUAUUUUGGGAUGAAUGUUUUUAUAUUUAUUCUAUAAUUCUCCAAAAGCAAAAAUCAGAUAAUACCUUUCACUGUGAGUACAGAUCAUUGGAAGUUUUCUCUGUCUAUCUGUAGUUUAGUAGAGCCACCCUGUGCAGUACAAUUGCCACCUUGGGAAUGCUUGUUUGGUACUUUAUUGGGUACCAGGAUGGGUACCAGGAUGUCCAGUAGUCAUUCAGUAGUAUGUUUGUGAAUUACGUUUAUCACAUAGUGUACUGUUAUUACACACUAGUACAAUCAGUACACAGGUAAUAGAAACGCUCACCCCUUCUGGAUUGUCAUAAAUCACAGUCCAUCAGAUACUGAAUGACUUGGAUGUAAUUAUUUUUGGAUGAAUACAGUGCUAAUCCAAGCUAGUUAAAACUUAAAGGGACACUAUAGUCACUGAACAACUUUAGCUUAAUGAAGCAGUUUUGGUGUAUAUAACAUGCCCCUGCAGCCUUACUGCUCAAUCCUCUGCCAUUUAGGAGUAAAAUCCCUUUGUUUAUGAACCCUAGUCACACCUCCCUGCAUGUGACUUGCACAGCCUUCUAUAAACACUUCCUGUAAAGAGAGCCCUAUUUAGGCUUUCUUUAUUGCAAGUUCUGUUUAAUUAAGAUUUUCUUAUCCCCUGCUAUGUUAAUAGCUUGCUAGACCCUGCAAGAGCCUCCUAUAUGUGAUUAAAGUUCAAUUUAGAGAUUGAGAUACAAUUAUUUAAGGUAAAUUACAUCUGUUUGAAAGUGAAACCAGUUUUUUUUUCAUGCAGGCUCUGUCAAUCAUAGCCAGGGGAGGUGUGGCUAGGGCUGCAUAAACAGAAACAAAGUGAUUUAACUCCUAAAUGACAGUGAAUUGAGCAGUGAAAUUGCAUGGGAAAGAUCUAUACACUAAAACUGCUUUAUUUAGCUAAAGUAAUUUAGGUGACUAUAGUGUUCCUUUAAAAAGUAUGUAUGUAAUAAAUGUUCUCAUUUUUAAACAAACCGAGAAUUUUGUUUUUAUGUAAAAAAUGUAUAUAAAAACUGGUCAUUAGGAGCACAACAUUGCUCAAUGCAUUUCAGUAACGUUUUCUUCUUGGUAAUUCUAGUUAUGUCUGUCACUGUCUUUAAGUGCCUUCUGUCUAUUUGUCCUAAUCUAAACAGGGCUAUGAGCAAGUCAAUGAAUAGGAAAGUUUAGUCUGAGAGUCAUGUAAGCUUGGUGUCUGUUAAUUACUUACUAGUGAAUCAGACCCGCUAUCUUUUAUUUUGAAUAUAACAAUGAUUUUAGUAGAGAGUCUUUGUUUUCUUUUCCAUUGUCACAUGUUUAAUGAAUAAAUGGCGAGGCCUCUAAAUCAAAUGUUUUAUAUUUUACUUUUAUUCUCCACUGUUCAGGAAGGCGUCCAGAUUACCGGAGUCUUGGAUGGCCAAGCCCCGAUGAAUGCUUAAAACUGCGUAGAGUUGAGUUGUCUACAGUGGCCAGCACGUGGCUGGCUGUGUCUGCUAAAAAUAUAGAGUAAGUGGACCCCCUGUUCCAGACAAUCGUCCCAGUGAAUAGACGGAGGCUUUAACUGUAAAAUUACAAAUAAUAGUAAAAAAAUUGUGAUCCUCCUUUUACCAUGAGAUUUAGAAAAGCAUGUGCUCCAUCUAUUUCUUUUUUUAAGGAAACAUAGUUCCUUUACAGAGAAACUAACUAAUCUGUUGAUUUUUAAAUGGACACUUUGGACACCCAGACCACUUCAGCUCAUUGAAGUGGCCUGGGUGCACUGUCCCAGCACCCUUAACCCUGCAAAGCUAACAUGGUGGGGUAACUCCACCUCUACUGGCUGUCUACCAGACAGUCACUAGAGAGACUUCCAGGCUUUGAGGCGACUUAAGGUCGCCUAACUGACGCUGGAUGUCCUCAUGCCAUGUAUUAGGACAACCAUGGAAUCCACAUACCAAAGCAUUGUAUAAUGCUUUAAUAUGGGAAAAUCCAAUGCAAGCGUGGCCAUUGCUGCGCAUUAGGUCUUCUCCACCGUUUGACAUCGGCAGGGGAGGAGCGGAGGCAGACAUUGCUGGUCCCACGUAAGUUAAUCCCUUCUGCAUCGUGCGGGGGAGGUGGGCACUAUAGGGAGCUUUAGUGCCAGGAAAACAACCUUGUUUUCCUGGCACUAUAGUUUCCCUUUAAGAUUCCCAGUGAGGGUUGUGAUUGGACAGAAUUGGUGGUGUCCGCAAAUACAGUUAGAAACUCCAGAAACCGUGAUAUGAACACAUCACUGUCCGGAGUGUAAGAAACAAAUCUGAACAUUGAUUGAUAAGUGUUAGAAGAACAAGAUGGGCCUGUUACAUGUAUAUCAUCCACAAUCCCUUAUAUUUUGUUGUGCUUUAACCCUCAUAACUCUCUACCAGCUAAUGGCAGUCAAAGGAUUAUGGGAAUUGUAGUCCAACAGCAGCUAGGGCCCAUCACAUCCACCACUGCAUUAUGCUUUCUUGUGUUUGAUUGGAGUAUUCUUUAUGUUUCUGUUUGCAGUAUCACAGAGCACGUGGAUUUCGCCACACAGCUGCAGGAGCCAGGCGCUGAGCCCCUGUGUAAUCCAAAUCUUGCGGCUAGUAUGCAUACAUUGGACCAUCUGUAUGGGAUAGCGAACCGCGCCGCUAUACACUACACUGGGGAGAGCCAGCUGAAAGAGGUACACUGUGCCUUGCCCUUCUAGAACAUAUUGUCCACAGUGAGCAUUAACCUUUUAUGUGACACAGUGUCUAUUAUUUUUAAGGUUUUACAGAACCUUGGAAAAGACAAAUAUCCCCCACAGUCGUUAGAGCAAGUGGGAACUCGGAUAAUGAAGGUCCUGGAGAAGGUAAGCGGGCUAAUUCCAAUAGCUCAUUCCAUACAUUUAUAUGGUCUCUUAAAUUAAAGGGACAGAAAAACGUUGGAACAUGUAAUCCCUACAAUGUGUUAUAUCAUAACGGCAUUAAAGGCAUGCUCAUUGUGCUAAAUCAUAAGUCUAACCCUAUAUAUUUAUGGCAUAGUUGGGGCUCAAUAUUUCCACUUGCAUGUUGCUACUGACAAGUGAACAUUUAUCCCUGGUGAGGGCUUAGUCUUUAUUAACACAUGGGCAAAUGUUCAACUUCCAACUGUAUUAACAGUUAAUAUAACAAAAUAAAUAUUCCAAAAAUUUGAGGGUCUGACUUUUUUUAUACAUAUUAUAUAUUUUAUUUUGCAGCCUAAACAAUGGAUGUUUGCAAAAAGCACUAAAAACAGAGAAUAAACAUUUCUUUUUAUUUUUUUAUUUUAAAACUUCUCCAUUGAAAACACUUAUUUGUUAAUGAAAUAUUGCUUAGCUUCUACAUCUUGGUGCACCUUUUAUUGCCCUAUUGCCUGCCCGUCUUAGUUGUGGCUUUAACUCAACAGUUGCAUUUCAAAGAGCAGGUUUAACGGUGUUAAAUAGCUGCAUCUUCAGAGAGAUCCGUAUUUGAGGUUUGAUCUUGGUUUCCUUUGAAAUUAUUCACGUUACUGUCCUUGUCAAUAAUAAAAAAUAAAUAUAUAAUAUAUAUAUAUAUAUAUAUAGUUUAACAAAGAAUCACAUUUUUGACUCCUUCCAUUUUAAACAAUGAUUCUUUUGAGUCUGUGUUUGCUGUAUACAACAGCUUUGAACACAACUUGACUGGUGUGCAGAUUUUUGUUUAAAGGGACACUAGUCACCAGAACAACUACAGCUUAUUGCAUUUGUCUGGUGAGUAGAAUCAUUACCUUCAGACCUUUUGCUGUAAACACUGUCUUUGCAGAGAAAAGGCAGUGUUUACAUUACAGCCUAGUGAUAACUUCACUGGCCACUCCUCAGAUGGCUGCUAGAGCUGCUUCCCAUCUCAGUCUUGCCUAGUGUGCAUCACAACAUUUAGUAUCUCCUCCCUCUGCAUGCAGACACUGACCUUUCCUCAUAGAGAUUCAAUGAUUCAAUUCAUCUCUAUGAGGAGAUGCUGAUUGGCCAGGGUUGUGUUUGAAUCUUGCUAGCUCUGCCCCUGAUCUGCCUCUUUGUCGGUCUUGGCCAAUCCUAUGGGGAAGCAUUUUAUUGGCUCAGAACAACACUUCUGAUGAUGUCAGCAGACAGCUUGCUAUUCUGAGGCAGACCGGGGCAGAGACAGUUUUUCAUGCUUGAAUACAAGUAAGAUUUUACUAUAUUUAGGGAGGCAGAAGGGCUAGAUGGUGGUUUUAACACUAUAGAGUCAGAAAUAUGUUUGCGUUCCUGACCCUAUAGUGCUUCUUUAACCUUGUAUGAACUAUCCACAGACUUCAGGUGGAAGGGGUUUUCAAUCACAAUCCCACCCCUUCUCCCCAUAACCUUUUUGGUUUUUGCUUCCCAAGCACUACCAAGCCUCAUUAACCCCUUAAGGACACAUGACAUGUGUGACAUGUCAUGAUUCCCUUUUAUUCCAGAAGUUUGGUCCUUAAGGGGUUAAACAAACCAGUGACCAACCUCAUGCUGAUGAUUUGCAUUAACAAUGAAACAGCUGUCCACGAGUGAUUCACUGGCUUUGCAUCUUUUCCUAAGUUGUGUUUUAAAGCUGUUGUAUACAGCAAACACAGAUUAAAAGGAAUCCAUGUUUAAAAUGGAAUGAGGCAAAAUUGUGAUUCUUUGUUAAACUGAUUUGCAUAUUCCCACCCAGAAUCCUUUGCGGUAGUAAUAUCACUGCAAAUAUGGGAUUUCUGUGGGAAAAGCAAGUCUUAUGGCUUGACUGGUGUGCAGAUUUUUGUUUUUAACAUUUUAUUAACUAUCCACAGACUUCAGGUGAAAGGGGUUUUCAAUCAUAAUUCUUCCCCCCACCAUAACCUUUUUGGUUUUUGCUAUCUAUAUAUAUUUAGGUUAUUUAUUUUGGAAAUUGAAUAUUGUUGAGAGUCCUUUUUUUUUCUUUUUUUUCUUUUUUUUUUUGUCAAACAGCUCUAAAGUGGUUUGACAAUAAAAAAGUGGAAAGCUCCCAUUGCCUGUGCCCAAUGAACUACAGUAGUUAUGGUACAUUAUGGGCUCCUUUAUUGAUGCAAACUGCCUUGAUAUGAAUAUGGCUCCCUCGCCAAGUUAUUUAGCAGUGUACAUGUGCCAAUUAUUAGUAAAGUAGUUUUACUUCAGUUAUACAAGAUCUUUUGAUAUUCUUUUAAUGGUGUGAUCAAGCUUGUAUUUGUGAAGAAUAAUUUUAUGCAUACUCUUUUUAUAAGUUAUUGAUUUUUUUUAUUUAAUAUAUCCUUAGUAUUCCCAUUAUUCUCCUUUUAAUCCCAUCAACAAUGUGUUUUUAUUACUUUGUACGUAAAAAGAUGAAUUUAUGAAUAAAUGAUUUUCUUUUUGUGGACCUUGCUUUAUUACUGCGCUCCUCUGCUCUCCAGAACCAGACCUCAUGGGUGCUAUCCAGCAUGGCUGCUUUAUACUGGAGAGUGAAGGGUCAAGGGAAGAAAGCGAUUGACUGCCUACGCCAGGCCCUGCAUUACGCCCCCCAUCAUAUGAAGGUAAAUACAUUUAUGUCACUGAAAACCCAGUCAAUGUUAAUAACACUAAAUCAGGCAAGAAUUGUUUAGUGGGGCAAAAGGACAUUGGUCCAUCAGAUAACUAGAUCCUAGACAUCAUUGGCAUGUGAACCAUAUGGAGCUCUGGGAAGAGAAUAAAUAAUUUAUUGUACAUGCAGAUUGGAAGAAACGACUUUGAGACACUCCAGUCCCCUAAAAUACUUAAUUUUACAAAAGUGCAGAUUUCAAUAGAAAUUAGCACUUUUAUAAAUGAACCUAGCACCCUCUGUCAAUUGGACAACUGGUUCUCUUACAUCCUGGUUGUUUAGUCUAGCUCAGUGGAGCUAAACACAAGAGGCAGCGAUUGGCUCGAGCACCUGCCUUACAAAGAUUUCUUAUUGAGCUGCAUUGGGAAGUCUGUGAUUGGACAGCCACUGAAAGUCUGGGCGGAGUUAAAAGGAGAGGAUUUGCAAAGACUGCGAACAAGAGGUUUACAACCUUUGCAAAUUGUUUUCAUCUAUGCCUCAACAUACUUAAAUGCAUGCAUGUUUUAAUUGGGAGUAUAUCUACUAAACAAUAAUAUUUACAUUUUGUUUUGGGGAGGGCAGUGGCACAUUCCUUUAAUAUCCAUGGGAGUAGGGACAAGUAGCAAUGGUGUGUGGGGGACAUGGAACGUUAAGAAACGGAGGAGAGCAGUUAACCAAGUGUUAUGCAUUCUGGGAGAAUGCAUAUGACAUGAAGACAUAAGGAAACUGCAAUUGACUUUAAAAGAAUGAGACUUGCGGAUAAAUUCUUGGGAUCCACAUAUUUGUGAAUGAUCACCCCAAAGUGCAGAUCUGUAUAAUGUUUCUGUCUAUUUAACUCUCUUUAUUCCAAAUUUACAGGAUGUGCCUCUUAUCAGCUUAGCCAACAUUUUCCACAACGCCAAACUCUGGAAUGAUGCCAUCAUAGUUGCCUCAAUGGCAGUGGAAAUCGCACCACAUUUUGUAGUGAACCACUUCACGCUUGCCAACGUUUAUGUAGCAAUGGUGAGUUAAAUGCCAUGUGGUCUUUUUAAGUAAUUUAAAAUUAUAUAUACUACUGACACACAAAAAAGGUGCAAAAUGUAUUCUUUUGUCUGAGUUUGAAAGUUCUUUAUAUGCAAAAUUAUUAUUUUUCUUAUGGUUGAUUUGAUUUACUUAAAGCAACACUCCAAAGGGAAGGUUUAAAAAAUAAAUAAAUAGUAUAUUGAAAACAAACAUGUAUUUAUUCCUUCAUAUGUUCGUUGGGGCAAUAUCUAAAAACAACUUGCAACAUGCUGCAGAUCUGCUGUCUGCGGCCUUUGCACGCCCUUCCCUUCUUCCCCCAAGAAGCCUCUGAUUUUGAGCCACAGACACAUACGCAAGUUUUCGUGACUGAAAGCUUGGAAGUCAGCUAACUGGGCUGAAGUGGGCAUGCUGAAAACAUGUGCUGGCAGGCUCACUUGUGCCAUAGCAGAGGGAACUUUUCAUUUAAAUUAGCACUGUGGAGCGGAAUCAGAAAGAAAACCUAACCAGAUAUUAUGACAGCUGGAGGGUGGGGGUUCUUCAAUUAUUUAUAAAUUAUUUCAGGUAGAAAUUGGCACUUUUAUUCACCACAAUAAGCGGAGAUGCACCUCACACAUAAAAAAAAAUAAAAAUAAAAUAUUUACUACCAUGAAAAGCUAAUUUUGGACCAGUGCUGUUUUUCUGUCUACCAUGUUCGAAUACCAGUCACAUCAUCUCAUCCUGGGCAAGACUAACAAUAUAUUUUCGCCCACCUUAUCAAUCCUCGUAGAUUGCAAGUUUGUUUGAGCAGGGCCUUCGUCACCUCUACAUUUUCUAUAAUUUUCUAUAAUUUUUUCUAUAAUUGUAAAGCGUUGUAUGUAAAUGUCAUUAAUAAACCGUUUCCUACUUGAGUCUUUUGGAGGGUGUAGGGGGUAAAGGGUUAGGAGUACUUGUAAUGCAAGACUGCCUAAUUUAUCCAUCAAAUGCUUUUUCCUUCUCCGAAAAUCUUCUGUUUUUCUCUUGCAGGAGGAAUUUGAAAAGGCAAUGCGAUGGUACGAGUCCACCCUUAAACUCCAGCCUGAGUUUGCUCCUGCCAAGGAUAGAAUUCGUGCUAUUCAGUGCCAUCUACUGUUAAAAAAGGGGAGGCGCUCCCCAUAGUGCCACCCCAGGCAUAAAACGCAAGCCUAUCAAUAUUAUCCUACUGAACGGUUUGCAGUUCUGCAGUAGUGGAAAUGGACCGACCGUUUUUGGAUGAGUAAAAAGGUGUAAUUAUUUUUACUCUCAUCCAAUAAAGGACCUUGCAGGCUGCUGAUUAAUUAUCAACAAAUAAUUCCUCUGACAAAACCAGUGAAAUCUGGGCUUGGAGGUGGUGGGGGGGAUCUUUAAUAAAUUAUCCAUGCUGCCAUUUGUUCCAUUUAUUUUGUAUUUUACUGCGAUGCACCUUGCAUAGGAAGGUGUAUUGUAUGUCACAAACCAGCCCUUUAAUUUUAAACCCAGCCUUUGUCAUCCAGGCCACUUUGAUGAUAUCCUAACACUAAACGAUGGACCUGAUCAGCGGGUUUUCUCAUUUAUUUAUUCAUUUUUCAAUGAUUGCCAAUACCUGAGUUUUUUAUCUUUUAGUUGCAGAGAAACCUGCAUCAAAAUAUGCUGCAAUGUAUUGUCGCCAAGUUUGAAACCUAAAAAAUAUGCACCAUCAAAGGUAUUUGGAAAGGAUUGCGUUGGCAAUAUCAUGACCCUAAAAUAUCUGAACUCUGAUUGUGAAAUAUUUAUUUAUCCUGCUGGUUCCACAGACGAUUAUCACCAAUUGUAAUAAAACAUAUGUCUUCUUCCACUGUUUCUUUAAGCAUAUUUAUCUGUUACUCAUAAGCUGUUUAUUUGUAAAACACCCUGCCCUGUUUGCUAUUUGUUAUUAUCUAAUUUCCAACAGGUAGGUUGGAAGCAAC